AUGAGAUUGCAGACAAGAAGUGUUCUGUUAGUAGGCCUUCUUUUUUCUGGAGUAUUUAUUUUCUUUGCUUUGGAGUUAUGGUCCAUUCUUCCGUUUUCCGAUGAUAAAAAAGAAGUCAACCCGUCUCCUUUGGACGACAACUUGGUCGAAGUUGCCGUAAAAGCGGAGACACCGCUUGCCAAAAAGAGGGACACUAAGUGUCUGAUGCAUAGCUGUUUUGACGUAUUUCGAUGUGCAGUGAAUGAAAAUAAACUUAUAUCUGUCUAUGUGUAUCCUUACACCCGCUUUUUGGACGAGAAUGGGCAUGCUGUCAACCAGGAAAUGUCUCAGGAAUUUUAUGAACUUCUCGCAGCCAUAGUAAACAGCAAGUACUACACUUCUGAUAUGAAUAGUGCCUGUAUUAUAAUUCCUUCGAUAGACACCUUGAACCAAAAUGGUCUAGACGUCAAAGGCAUCGCCAGAAUUCUUUCUGGGCUACCCAGGUAAGUUUCACUCCGCAUAUACUGAUAAUACAUGUAAGUGAAACAAAGAUACAGUGAAACCUCUAUUAAGCGGACACCUUCGGGACCCUCCCAAGUGUCCGCGUAAUAGAGGGUGGCCGCUUAAUGGAGGUUGUAAAAAUUGUGCAAUGUUUGUUAACGAUCAGCGUUCAACGGUUACUCUGUACUGUGAUAAAAUUGCAUGUUGUUAAAGAAGCUAUCCAGAGUUCAAGUUCAUUACCUUUCAUUACAAACUUUAAUUUGUUUUAAAUGCAAAAACAUUAACUGACUUCAGUCCGUAUUUCAAGAACAUAUUCCAAUACUACUAUUGUCCGGUGUCUGCUUAAUAGAGGUUAUUAACAAUAGAAAUUAGCCAAAUACACCUUAUUUUAGUGUCCACAUCCGCUUAAUAGAGGUGUCCGCUGAAUAGCGGUUCAUUAUAAAGGGAAAUAUAAGAUGUUAAUUUCGGGACCCUGCUUAGUGUCCGUUUAAUAGAGGGUGUCUGCUUAAAUGGGGGUCUGUUUAUAGAGGUUUCACUGUAAUGGUAAUUGAAACUGCAGAUAUUGCUCCAAAUGUAACCAGGGUUCAAGUUUUGCCCAGAAGAUUAAUGUACCAGUCAAUUCCAAAACUACCCAUCCCCCUGGCCAAACUGUUUGAGAGAUGGUGAUGUCAUGCGCGACGUGAUCUCAUCCAUUUACUGUAUUUCGUAACAGCCAUGACAAUGCCUCAAACAGUUCAGAAGGUCUGCCUGUGAUGUUAUUCACAAAAGAAUUUAUUUUAAUCACCAUUCAACAAGGUAAUAUUGUCAGCAGUCAUUUACAUGCUUGUGUGCAGAAAUAGUUUUGUAACAAAGGGAGGGCACAUUUAAAUGUUGACCUUGAAACAUUUAAUUAUGUAGCUAGUUUAGGCUAAGCCUUUAAAAAGACCUAAAACUAGCUCUUAUGGUAGCCUGCAAAUACAGCCAUGUUUCCCACUCUGCACCGCUAGGGACACUUUGCAGGAAACACAUCUGCACCUCAGUGACAGACAUUCCAUACUGAUUUCUGGAACCUGGUCAGGAGCACGUAAGAGUUAUUUUAGCUGCAAGACUCAGAAAAUGCAAGCGCUUCUUGUGUGUGUGUGUGUGUGUGUAUGUGUACUUGCCAAAAGGGAAUCAUGGUCCCAGGCAUUCCUAGCGACGACUGUGGAAACUGGGGAUACAAAUCGUGAUGUGUCACAGCACCAUUGCUUUAUUUUGUCAAGAAAGCUUAAGAAAGAUUGAUGCAAAAGGUGUUGAGCCUUUCCGGAAUGGGUCGGUCCACGAAUUCUAUCACCUUAAAGCGUUGAUUACUUUGGCACAAGUGAAUACUUCACUGAAAACUUUGAUGGUGAGGCUAUAAACUGGUUGGGUGUUGUAAACUUUCAUUGUAUGUAAAUGAGUCUUGUAAGGAGCAUGCAGUUCAGUUUUGCCAAUGAUUGAAAUGACAUGCCAUGUUCAUCACGUUUUUGGUCUCUGGCAAUGAUGUUAUUUCUCUCAAAUUGAUUUUCGUGAAUUUAUACACGCGUUCUCAAUCAUUGUUGAAUACAAUAUAAAAAGUAAACAUCCUGAAGAAUACUCGACCAUCGAUGAAGUAGGAGGUGACAAACUUUUAGUGAGGAAAUCCUGUUUUGUGUAUUAUUAUAAUAGCUGUUAGUUAAUCCGAUUUUGUCAUAUUGUUAAUAUAUAGAUUUAGCCAGGGCUAAAAGCGAAGCUCUCGAUAAGAUUUAUAGUUUGCUCAAACAAAAGGUAAAAUCGCGAAAUGCAAAGCGGCGAAUGCAACGAGAACAGUGAAAAAACAACAAUAUGUCUAAUUAGCAAAAAAGCAAGUUUGAAAUGACAUGCCAUGUUCAUCACGUUUUUGGUCUCUGGCAAUGAUGUUAUUUCUCUCAAAUUGAUUUUCGUGAAUUUAUACACGCAUUCUCAAUCAUUGUUGAAUACAAUAUAAAAAGUAAACAUCCUGAAGAAUACUCGACCAUCGAUGAAGUAGGAGGUGACAAACUUUUAGUGAGGAAAUCCUGUUUUGUGUAUUAUUAUAAUAGCUGUUAGUUAAUCCGAUUUUGUCAUAUUGUUAAUAUAUAGAUUUAGCCAGGGCUAAAAGCGAAGCUCUCGAUAAGAUUUAUAGUUUGCUCAAACAAAAGGUAAAAUCGCGAAAUGCAAAGCGGCGAAUGCAACGAGAACAGUGAAAAAACAACAAUAUGUCUAAUUAGCAAAAAAGCAAGUUUGCACGUGCAGCACACUAUUUUUGUACAUUUCUUUGCCGUUGUUUUGUAAGACUACAACAAGAAACUUCCAGAAACUUCCUGGCUGCACGUUUUAUGGAGGAAAUGUCAUACAUGUUCUUGUUCACUUUUUUUUCACUGUCGCUCAUUUUCACCCAGGUGGCCGCUAGCAUUUCUUAUUUUCUCACUGCUGCUACAAAAUUUCAUGUUGUUCCUCCAACAAAAAAUGUCUCCUUUGUUUUUUCUAUCUCACUCUAGCUCUUUUUCUCAUUCAGCUUUGCUGGCCUGUCGCCUUACUUUCUCUUUUUCUCUGUCUUUCUCUUUCUCUAUUUUCCAAAUUUGGGGACAUGACAAUUAAUCUACACCUAACACUUUAGACAACAGGAUACAAAAACAUUUUCCGCUUUCCGUUUUUGACUCUUUAGCUGUCUCUGCUUCGAAAGACGUGGGUGGCCAUACGCUUUCCCACGAAAAUAACCUGACAUUUGGCACCGGCUUACAUGAAGUGGGUGUACAGACGGUUGGUGUUCGUAUGCUACGUCACAACCAAAUUUUCUCGGAUGGAUAGUUUACCAAAUUUUCUUACCCAUUGUACUCCGCUGGCGCGCUAGCACGCGCGAGAGCUCCGCAAUAAACUGUCCAAUUAAUGAUUAAUUUGGAUAGUUUCAGACAGGACUUUCCUUUAGAAAUAAGCAAACUGUCCAAAUUAAAAAAGAAACAGUGUAGGAUCUGAGUCGACCAAAUGCCAGAAAAUGCGAUACAAUUUGAUUAAUUAACCAGCUAUGUCACGCUUGUCCAAUUUGGAGAUAACUGAAUUAAAAAAAUUGGCUUUCCUUGGAAUUUUUUUCAUCGAAUCAUUUCCAAAUUGGACAGCAUAUAGUCCUAUGACAUAUAUCAAUUAGUUGCCUUCUCAUUUCUUUUCUAAUCUCCAACCAAGCAAGACUUAUUUAACGCUUUUUUAACAGCAUUCUUGUUCUCGCUUAAAAUGUCAGCUUAAGUGGAAAAAAUUGACACAGCAUUGAUGGUAAAGAUUUUCCAAGUUUCAGCCAGCAAGGGAAUGGGUAAAUAAAGUAAACCCAGAUGCUUGCCUGAUUAGCACGCAAAUUUAAGCAUAACAUCUUGACCUCACGACUUUGUUUACAUAUUGUCAUGCAAACACACCUCAGCCAAUCAGAGAGCGUGUACUAUCUUAGUUAUUAUUUUAGCUAUUUACCAUGACAGACAAAAGAUAAAAGGCAACAGAGAACUCAGAACUCAGAAUUCGAGUCCUUUAUUAUCGUGUGAGAAGCAAACCUAACGUCGCUAAAACCUGUGCGUAAACAAUUUUAAUCGCCAGUCGUGGUGAACAUUUUUUAUUGUUUUACUCAAAUGGAUUUGUCGCUUGUACUUAUUUUUACACCAUGACUCUGUCAAGAGUUUUUCUAAAGUAACUGUUUUACCCGGGCCAGCCGUGGAUUCGCGAAAGAUUACGCUUUCUAUCUUGACCGAGCAUGCGAAAAGCGCUGCCUUUUGAAGUCACGAAGUCAGUCUCGAAGCGACGACGUGUUGGCGCUGGUUUCACCAGAUAAAGUUGUUUUCGUCACAUGCAUGUAGUUUAAAAUUAGUUUCGUCUGAUUCAGAGUUAGACGAAAGUCUAUCAAAAUAUUCAUCAACCUUUCCGCCGGAAUAUGGCCGUUUCUCACAUCUUGGAAGAUGUAAACAACUUUAUGCAAAUUUUUGAACGGUCCGCACUUUGUGAAUUGAAACCAAAUUAUAUUAUUCUACUUCAGUUCGAACGACAAAGACCACUUAAUUAUUUUAAUGAUUGCAAAUAGCGAUUAAAGGGAACGGAAGAAGAUUAUUGAUCAUUUGGGAUCCCACCUCGCAGGUCGUAGCAAUCGCCACAAAUUAGCAUUUUAACAACCAUUGUUGCGUGACGAAACACGAGCACAAAGUUCUUGACAUGACUUUGUGAUCAGUGUUUACUUCGCAGACCUUUUAUUUAUCGCAAUGGCCAUUUUGGUCGAGCUUUCCCCGUGUUUGUUUUAUCCGUUUAUGGCAUUUAUAAGAUAUUUUUAACUUUCCUUUCGUCAGAAAUUACAGUACAAAAUACAAGCUCUCGAAAUAACCGGACUUUGCCGAAUAAAUAAACAGUUCAUAUAAUGUCGAUCGUUGUUAUGAUUUUACUUCUCGGCAAACGUGGUUUGUUUUGGAUCGUGUAUAAUAAUUAUAGUAUGAAGGCCGUUGAACGGAUGCUAGUUUAUUCUAACGGAUCCUAACGGAUUCUCUAGCCGUGCUAACGGAUGCAGAGUUUUUGCAAACGGUUAUGCUGACCCGUCUAACGGUCUGAUGCUAACGGCUAACGGAUACAUGCCUCUUGCUAACGGUUGCACUGUCCGUUCUAACGGCCUCAUGCUAACGUCUAACGGCUGGGCUAACGCCUCUAACGUUCUUAAGAAAACUUUCUAACGGAUGACUAACGGAUGCCUAACGCUUUUGCUUGUCUAACGGAUAAGCGUUAAGGUACGUUUUCCCGUUCACGGUCACAAAUGUAAACGUGAUGAAUCUACUGUUAUUUUUGAAAUGCGUGUAAAUUCUUCUUUAGAAAAAGCAUUUGAGUUUUGCUUGCCACUCGUUCAAAGAAGAAAUCAAAACUUAACCGUAAUAGACCAGGAGAAACAUAAACUCAAACGAAUUUACAUUUCGAUCCCCAUGACUACCAGAUUAAUUAUGUAAAUAUUGAUUUUGUAUGUCAUCAGUGUGGAUUUUGUGUCAUGAAGGUGUAGAUGUCACUCCUGCAAAAUAAUAGUCUCUAGUGGCAAGGAGUGAGGAGAUCAGAGAUGGCUGGCUUUUAUCAUUACCAGUAUCUAUUAAAUUUCUUUUUUAGCAAUAAUUAUGCUUAAUCUAAAUGUGAGUCAAAAGAGUAAACGAAAUGGUACCCAAGGAUAACAUCCUAACAUCCAUAGGAUGUUAGCACUUAUUUUAUUUGCAAUAGUGUUUAGACAGAUUUUUUUAUCCUUGUAGUUGGAAAGAUGGGGGCAAAAAUCACUUGCUGUUUAACAUGUUACCUGGCAGCCCCCCUGAUUAUAACUCAUCACUGGAUAUUGCAACUGAUAAGGCAAUCGUGGCUGGUGGUGGAUUUGCCAUUUGGAGCUUCAGACCUGGAUAUGAUAUUAGUAUUCCUGUAUACAAUGCUCUUACCAGGAAGAAGGGUCAUUCAUCAACUAAAAGGUUAGGGGCCGACGUUAUUAACACUGAUUUGUCAACCUUGCCACACAAUAGCAAAAAUAUUGAUCAUACUUGUUUGUAGAGCACCACCUGCCUCAGGGGGUUGCAAAGUGAGCAUUUCAAUCUAAGAUUUGUUUGCUUUUAUUAUCCAGUCGUACAUGCAGUAAUAAAAAUUAAGGCAACUUUUGUGACAGCCUCAAUUCAUGGCAUUAGAUUAAAGGUGCUCUAAUAUGCUUCUGCUUUGACAUUUUGAACUUGGAUCUUGUUUCAAUAAUCUUUGUACGGUACUAGAUGGGACCGAAAUACAGUGAACAAGACGCCAUGUAGUUUACAUAAUUAUGUGAAACCCUAAACUAUUGAUCUAUUGAUAACAUAUUGUAACAUCCUUCCCUUUUUGACUAGUCAAAGCGUCUAAUCAACAAUUAAUCGAGUCCGUGAUUAAUUCAAGUUCAAUGUUCGUGACACUAAAGCAAAUCGUGCCUUAAUCAGCUAAACUAUCUCUUAUCUCAUGAAUCAUGCCUUAAUAAUUGCUUUCCUUUUUUUUCUUUGCUAUGGUCUGUCCUUCAAUGAUAACUGUCCUUUAGUGCGGACAUAGUCUUGUAGGUAUGCGGGAGAACUCCUGGUUCGCUGUGGUCUUGAGUUUUGAGGUGUGGUCAUGUUCCUUGUAGGAGAGGAUUCCUUCUAAUUUUCACUGGCUCCGGCUGUUUUUCCUGUGGGUUUUGGAGAACCAGGUGCGGGUGACAUAUCUUUUUUCUCUGCACCUCCGUGUUCGUUGCUGUCCUUGUUGUCCGUUGGUUCUGAUGGCGUCUCUUUGAGUCUUCUUAAGAUGUACCCUGUUACGGCGGUAUGUGUCUCCUUCUGGCGUUUCUACCGUGUAUGAUCUUUCAUCCAAACGACUAGUUACGGUUGCCUUUCUCCAUUCCUUAUCACCUAAGCGAAAUGGUUUCAUGUGAACGACGUCGCUGUCGGACAGCUCUGACAGGCUCCUCUCACCGCGAUUGUAGUAGUUGGCUGUCUCAGUUUGACGCUUUCUUAAGAGCUUAGUGUCCCUUUCAGGAUACAUCACUCGAGGUUGUAGUAGUGAUCUGGCUGUUGGCAAUAGUUUCUUGGUGCGUUAUUCAUCAGUCUUUGAGCCGGACUGGCGUCCAGUCCUUGUGUCAGUGUAUGACAAUAGUCCAGGAUUGCCAUGUACGGAUCUCUUCCACUGUCAAGGGCUUUCCGGAGGUGAUUUUUGACAGUUUUUACGGCAGAUUCUGCUUUCCCGUUUGCCUUGGGGUUACCCGAGCUGCUUGUUAGGUGCUCAAAUUCCCACGUGCCAGCGAAUUUCUGGAAAGUGUCCGAUGUAAACUGGGGUCCAUUGUCACUAAUAACUUGGUCAGGACAUCCGUAUCGUGCGAGGUGACUCUUCAGCUUGAGGACCACUGUACUGGCAAGGGUGUUGUUUAACUUGGCAAUUUCCCAGUAGUUACUGAAGUAGUUGACUGUAAGGAGGAAAUCUUUGUUGUCAAAGGAGAAGAGAUCAACUCCCAUUUUCUCCCGUGGCCUCGAGGGCGUCUCCACAGGCAUGAGGGGUUCCUUGGGCUGACUAGCUUCAAAUUUUGUACAGGUUUUGCACAUUGCAAUCAUUUCUUUGAUUUCAGCAUUCAUUUUGGACCAAAAUACACACUCUCGUGCACGGUGUAAGCAAGAUUCAGCUCCCAUGUGGGACGAGUGGAUUCUUUGUUUAAUGUCUUGUCGCAGAGCUUGCGGUACGACGACUCUCUCACUCCUAAAUAUUAGUCCGUCCUGAACAGACGGUUCGUCUCUGACGAUGAAAUAAGGCAUUACUUGCAUGGGAGCGUCUUUUCUCUCAGCAGGCCAACCUUGUAAUAUGACAGUUUUAAGGAUUUGAAGUGGCUUGUAUUUGUCUGUCUCGCGUCUGAUCUCUUACAGUCGUUGAUCCGAGAUCAGAAGAAAGCUGGCCGUGUUGACUUGCUCAAAUUCGUUUGCUUCUUCAACGGUCGAUCUCUGCUCGGGAUAUUGGCACUGCAACCUUGAUGAAGACUCAAGUCUCCUAACCACCUUCGCCACACCGUUUGGGUGAUACGGCUGGCGAAGACUGCCCUUUGGUUUAUCGCUCUCUUCGGAGAUUUUCCAGAAAAGGGUUAACAAAUUCUAGAAGGCCUAGAAGGAGCACUAGACAUCACAGAUGAUAUUUUGGUAUAUGGUGUUGGAAACACUGAAAAAGAAGCCAAUUUAAAACAUGAUCGAAAGCUCCUAAAAUUCCUAGAAAGAUGUCGUUGCAUGAGCAUGGCUCUUAACCGGGAAAAACAUAAAUUGUGACGAAAGAAAGUCACUUUCACGGGACGUGAACUGACAAAUGAAGGAAUCAAAAUCGAUCAGCAGAAAGCCAAAGCAAUCUUGGAAAUGCCUAAGCCCACCGAUGUGGAAGAAGUUCAACGCCUGAAUGGCUUUGUGGAUUACCUUGCAAAGUUCCUGCCCAAACUCGCUCAGAGCUUGGAGCCAAUACGUCGACUCACCCACAAGAAUGAAAGAAACUGCCUUUCAAGAAAAUAAUACAGAAACUUGUCACAGGGGCGCCGGUUCUCAGCUACUAAAACCCUUGUAGUGACCUACAAUCUUGGACAAAACUGUUGAGAAAAUUGCAUACUUGGAGGGCAUUUUUUCUAAACUUCGUAGCCGACCAAUUCUUCCCUCCCCCCUCCCCCUGGAAGCAGUGUUGUUGGGUCUUCAAAAGAAAGCCGGAUCCCUAAGCAUUUGUAGGAAGCAACUUUGAACUGGAGGAGGGGGUUUUCUUUACGCAAAGCCGUUGAUUCGGAAAUAGUUUUGUUGCGUUAGGUAGUGCGCAUUAAUAAAAACAUUUUCUCAAGUAGUUUUGUCCAGGAUUGUAGCUAUCCAAUGCGACGCCAGUCAAAAGGUACUAGGCGCAGCCUUCCUUCAAGAUCACAAACCUGUGGUUUACGCUAGUCAUGUGCUCACAGAAACUGAGACACGCUAUGGCCAGAUAGAGAAAGAAAUGUUAGCCAUCGUUUACGCCCGUGAGAAGUUCAAUCAGUUUACCUAUGGAAGACACGUCACCAUUUACAGCGAUCAUAAACCCCUUGAGGCAAGUUCAAAGAAGCCCUUAGCACAUGCACCCCGACGACUACAAGGUAUGAUCAUGAGGUUUCAAAAGUACGACUUUGAUGUGCAGUACGAAAGAGGAAAGAAUAUGUACAUAACAGACCUCCUAUCUAGAGCCUAUCUGCAAAACACCGACCAUGAGGAUAUUUUAGCCUUUGAUACCUCCGGGAGAAUUUCAUCAAGGACGGGAAGCUGAUAGCGCUUUCUCUUGAGGGCUUUGUUAAGUGUUCUCGGGUCUAUGCAGAUCAUAAGGGUUCCUGAUUUCUUGGUCGCUGUAACUACCCUACUAAUCCAUGGCGUUGGCUUUUCAACUGUGAAGAUGACUCCUAACUCUUCAAGUCGUGUGAGUUCUGUCUUGAAUUUUUCUUUUAGUGCUGUGGGUAUUCUGUGAGUUGGAGUGACUUCAGGCCUCACGGAUUCAUCCACUUCUGUGUGUACAACUCCAGAAAAGCAGCCAAGUUGUCGUUCAGACACAUCUGAGUGUUGCGUUACCACUUGAUCAAGAGUCAACAGAUUGUUCACUUUUGGUUUACUCCUCUUAGGCGGUGCAGCUGGCUUGAAGUUGUCCCAGUUCACAGUGAUCAAUUUCGUGUGCUGUGCUGCUCUAGCUCUCAUCAAGGGAAGCAAUUCUUCAUUGACCACGACAAAUUCCACUGAGUAUUUGUUGCGAUUGGCUGGGUUCGUGACAAUAAUUCUUGCCGUCCCAAGUGGCGUGACUUCCGUUUUGUUCCACAUGAUGAGGGUUUUUGAAGUGGGUGUUAAUUUGUGCUUGUCAACUAUGCUCUUGGGGAUGAUAUUUAUCAAAGAGCCGCAAUCCAUUUGAAAUAUGACUGAUUUGUCAUCAAUUACCAUCUCAGAAGAGAUUUCUUUUGCAAAGUGGCGCUUAUCAGAUGGUCCAACAGAACACACGUUUUCUGCUAUACUAGGUAUGUGAUCAACUUCUUCGUCAUCCUCAGCAGGGCUAUCUGUUGGUUCGAUAUUGUGCACAUUUUUGCCACUCUUCUUACAUUUGUUUGCGAAAUGAUUUCUUCCUCCACACUUGUUACAAUUAUGUCCCCAGGCUCGACAUUGGCCGCGAACAAAGGGGUGAUUUCCACCACAGAAGUUACAAGAUUUUCGUGACUUGCCAUUCUUUCCAUUCUUUCCGUUCCGAUUAUUGUAAUUGCGGUGGCGAUAGUUUUCUUGUUUUCCUUUUAUUUGAUGAACAUCUUCAGACGUUUUUGCCUUGCAGUUGCGAAGCUGUCGAUUCGUUGCUCCGGCAGAUAUCUAUACACUUGUUGAGUGUUUCGUUCCUGUAAUAAUCAUUUUCUUGUCUACGGGUUGCACACACCUAAUAAGAUCCUAUCUCGAAUGAGGGUGUCUCUCAAACAUUCGCAGAAAUUGCACGUCUGUGCGAGAGUACGAAGCGUUGCGAUACAUGAGUCAAUAGAUUCCUCAGGUGACCGGUUUCUUCUGUUAAACACAUAACGUUCAUACGUCUUGUUAAUUUCGCCAAUUGUGAAUUCUUCGAACUUGUUUAUGAUGCAUUCCAAUUUCUCGUUAUCAUCUGGGUUUUCAAAAGACAUUCCAUUAAAAAUCUUUACGGCCCCAGGACCUAUGCAGUGCAGAAAUAACGCUACCUUGUAUAGAACUUUGUAUGCUUCGGGCUGCGAAGUAAUAAUCAUCUUCCAGUUGUCCGCCACGUUCCCUUUCACGUCCAAAGGACGGGGAGGGUGAAUUCCUUGAAUAGGGGAAAUAUUGCUUGCCAUAGCGUUUGCGGCGGUAGAAGGAGUUGCAACAGUGGACGUAUUAGUAGAAGUCGUUUCGUCUCUAUCAAUCAUGAGUGUUGUAUUAAAAAUUGCGCUGCCACCAUGUUUCAAUAAGCUUUAUACGGUACUAGAUGGGGCCGAAAUACAGUGAACAAGACGCGAUGUUGACCACAAGUGUUAAAUUGGGUGUCAUUUAAGUGUACAUACUAUUGAUCUGUUGAUAACAUAUUGUAACAGAUUUAUCAGAGUUUCAAAGACUUAACCCUUUAAGCCCCAAUAUCCACAUACAAAUUCUCCAAACUGAUCUUUAUACAUUUUCUUAAAGAAUAAGUUGAGAGAAUUUGAUGAAAGAUCAAAGCAUUUUCUCUUAGGUGAUCAAUUUAUUAAUUCUCAUAACCAAAUCUCUUGACAAUCAAUGGAUAUGACUGGACACCAUUGGGACUUAAAGGGUUAAAGCAAUGAUUGCCAAAAAAAAUGAUAUUAAUUAUUGUGAUCCUGAACGUGACGUUAACGUAUUUUGUAUUUUGUACCUCUAUGUUACCUGGGUGACAAAAAGGUGAAUUAAAUUAUAAAGAAAUUAGAAAAAAAGGAGAAGGUUAGUUCCUUCUUCUUGCUUUCAAGUCAUUUCUAUUGUCCUCUGUUUUCGUCAAGCAUUUUGUUGUUUUUAAUAGAAUACGCUCUGCAUUCAUUGUCAAUGGAAUUUUCAGAAUGAGCUGAUGCGAACCCAAAAUAAGAUAUCAUUUUAGGAUUUUUUGCUAACUUUCAUUUUCGGGGCCUAAUAAGUUGUCAAGAAAUAAAUGUUGUUUCUCUGUUGGUGACACAUGCAUCCGUUGAAGGAGUCAUCCGUUAAUGAUGAGGCAAAGUUCCUGGCAGUAAGUCUUGAGAAACCAAAAACAUGAAACAUGAACCUUUGAAGCAAAACCACCCACUUCUUCAGAAAAAAAGAGUUCUCUUCCAUUGGACAAAGGAUCCUGCAGCCCAAAACCAUUGCUGAUUCAUUAAUAAUCGAGGAGGCUUCAACACUUGCCCAUCUCUGCGGUCUGCCAAUGCAAAAUUAAAACACACAAGAAGAAGCUAGCCAUGCAUGUGUCCAGUGAUCUGACCACACUGUCAGAAACAUAUUAUUCUAAUUCGCCGAUGAGCUCCGUGAUAUGACAAUAUUAAUCUCCAAGACAUCUUAGUUUGGUAUGACAUAUCCUCACUCUUUAUGACCUUUACCAACAUACGUACCUGUAGAUACAGGUAAUUGUAAGACCACAAAAAGAGCCUUUGAAAAUGAUUGUAGUUCAAGAAAGAACUGCAGUACCAAACAUCAAGACUUGCCAUUAAAAAUUGGCUACAGUGGAACCUCGGUUUAACCAACCUCUAACAAACGAUUUUCAUCGGCCCGGCCAAAAUUGCAGUAAAAUGUAAGAAACAGAACCUUGAUUUAACGAAAUCCUCGUUAUAACGAACAAAAUCCCCAAGUGCAAAUGUAAAAUGUACCUCGAUAUAACGAAAAAAUGUCAGCAUGUGAUAAAAGAUGAAUGCCAAACAGACCAACAAGCUACUUGUAGGAUAAAAUUAUGUGGCAGUUGUUUUAAGCAGUUUUGUUUGCCUGUUUUUGAGUUUCUAGUGCCAAAGCUAUGUAUAGCUCAUUACUGAAAUGUUAUUACAGUAAUUUUUCAGAUCCGGAAAUGCUGGGUUUCGUAAAGUGACAAUUAACUAUACGUGUACCUCCAUAGUAACGAACAUUUUGGUAGUUUUCCCAAAAAUUCGAUAAUUGAACAAAUUUCUCCUGUCCCCUAUUGGCACUUUGUUAAAUCGAGGUUCCACUGAUUUCCGUUCGAAGGAAACCUGUAUGGAGUAGGUUUAAGGUUUAACGUCGAGAAACAGCUAGAAACCAAAAAUAAGACGCCUGCUUUUUACAAACGCAGUGUCGAUGAUAUGCUUAGCGCAAUGCCUGAUGUUGAAACAGCCUCUGAUAGUCCUUCCUGAUGAUGUUAAACGGCAUUCAUCCUUCUAUCAAUUUCACAAUGGAGGUUUAAGUUAAUGGCAGUCUCUUCUUUCUGGGAAUGGACAUAAUCAGGAAUCGAUGCCAGUUGGACACAAACGUGUACAGGUAGUCAAACAACGGACACUGGGUCACUGUUUCAUUACCACAGCUACGUGGAUGGUAUAUAAAUGGCGUGAAGUCUACCAUCUGCCAGUUUAAGUGUCAGAUGAUUACUAACACAACAAAAAGUUUUUGACAAGAAUGAAGCCCCAAUCACGAUUUUGCUGCCUUUCAAACACCAGAAAUCUACAACGGAGUAUGCAGACAACUUGGAGACCUUAGUUGGAAGAUCAGUGCAACUAUCAUCCUGGUGAACACAGGUUGAAAGAACAGGGAUGAAAUCAAAGUGAGGGAAGACAAGCCACCCUUGUGAAUCAAAAAUAUGUGUGUGUAUCAUUUUCAAUAUAACCUGUUUGUUAUAGGUUAUGUGGGUUGCACUUGCCAGCGCCUUCUAGCAGUGAAUUGAAGAACACAAGGGAUCUGCAAUAGGAAGCCAACUGAGGGAUCAGCACGUUAUUAUGUCCCCAAAUGACAUUGCACAAAUGUUAACGACUCCGGUGGUUGAGCCGCUGUCCAUCCUCGUAAGUAACUGAUCAAUAAACUGUACAGAGGCUGUAACAGUGGAGGAUUUCAGUCUGAAACCAAACUUUUUUGAGGAGAUUAAAUAAAAUAUUAUUCUCUGUCAGGUAUCCAGAAAAUUAGGUAUGGACGGCUCUUUCUAAGAUCUUGCUCAAGUCAAAGUGGACAAGAUGGAGAUUGGCCUACAAAAUGAUGCAUGGAUCUCGUCUAUCACCUUUCUCAUGCAGGGGUACAACCCUUUUCCAAGUAGAAGGAAAAGUCCCUGUCAGUAAUGAUAGGUUGAACGACAUAGUCAAGGAGGAGGCAACAGCGUGUACAUGUAGAAUUAUUGACUUUUGGUACAAACUCAUCAUUCAUAAUUUUUUAUACUGAUAGUUUCAUUUCACAAGUAUGUUAAAGAUAUUUGCUUCCAAUCUGUGUGGGCUAUAAAUUCCCAGUUGUAAAUUUGCUCUUACUAGAAUUUAAGUAGAUUUUAGUGGAGCUCUCGCGCAGCGGAGCACCAUGGGUAAGAAAAUGUGGUAAAAUAACUCAGUCAACAGGUAUGGCAACCCAAAUGCAACUCGCGGUUUUUUGGACGGGAAAUCGGAUAGCCACCCGUGUCCUGUGAAGCAGAGACAACUAAAGAGUCAAUGAAGACGAAAACGGAAAGUUGAAAUUGUCUCUGUAUCCAUGUUUUCUAAAGUAUUAAGCUUAGAUUAAUUCUCAUGUUCUUAAAUUUGGAAUAUAGAGUACGAGAAAGACAGAAAAAGAGAAAGUAGGCAGCAGGCCAGCGAAGCUCAACGAGAAAAAGGGCGACCGAGAUCUAGAGCGAGAGAUAAAAACAAAGGAGGCAUUUUUUUUUGUCGGAAGAACAACAUGAAAUUUUGUAGCGGCGGUGACAAAAUGAUAAAUGCUAGCGGCCACCAACGCAAGGUGAAAAUGAGCGGCAGUGAAAAAAAGUGAACGAGAAAACGUAUGACAUUUCCUCCAUAAAACGUGUAACUAAGACGUUUCUGUAAGUUUCACGUUGUAGUCGUGCAAAACAACGACAAAUAAAUGUAAAAAACAAGUGUGCUGAACGUGCAAAGUUGCUUUUUUGCUAAUUAGAGCUAUUGUUGUUUUUCACCGUUCUCCGGCGUUGCCUUCGCCGCUUAGCAUUACACGAUUUUAUAUUUUGUUUGAACAAACUAUAAAUAUUAUCGAGAGCUUCGCUUUUAACCCUUGCUAAAUCUCAUAUAUUAUAGCCAUCGCUUAGGUCCUGAGGUUACCUGUGUUUCACCUUUAGGUUAAUAGACUGGAGAUUUGUGUCAUCCCAAGCAAACAUGAACCACCGGUUUAUGAGAGAACUAGAAGACGUUGAAAAAGAAAACUCUGGCUUUUUGAUUCUGAAGCAUUGCCCUGAUGAUGUCAACAAUGUAAACAAAAGGUGCAAGGGUGCAGUGACCUAUGAUUAUCCAGAUAUUUUACAGGUUAAUUAUCUGCUUCUUUUCUAAAAGUGUACUCUAUUUAUAAAAGCUUUUAUCAUUUAGUUACAGUUCUGGUAAAUGUUAGCCUUUUUUACAGUCUUCUGAGUUGCAGAAAGAGCCAUUUUUAAUUGCUUUUCGUUCUCUUCCAUUUAAUGUACUCCUUCCGCUUAUCUUGUGGGUAUAACGCCAGGGUCACUGGCCAUGGGACCUGAUUAGAAAACUUGCCCACUGCAUAUUCCACGGGCUUUGGAAAAGUGUCUUUAUUUUUCGGGCAAACAGUAUUUUGAAAUUAGAUGGGGAUUUUAUAUCAAACUGAAAGUUUCCCGACUGCGUGCAUAGCCACACAAACCGUGAUUGAAACAAUAGCCGUCGUGUACGAACUCAUGAGAAGAACUCAGGAGAAACUGUGCGCCAAUUUGGCACAAUAAUACAAAGCAUUUUUUGUGCCCAAUCAGGAGCCGGCAUCCGGUUGAAUUUUUGGAAAUAGUUCGGUGAGAGUCGGUACCCAGGGGCUCUUUUGCCCGUACUUGAAAACUUUCGUCCCGCCUUUUCUCCCGACCUGACUGACUGCCCCUGGGUCUCCGAGGAUGAGCAUAUUCCAAAAUGACGGCAACACUACCUUUUUUGUGUGCCUCAAUUUCACUUGCACAAAUUGCAAAAUAAAUUUUAACUUGAAGUGAGGCAUGAAGAUGGAAUUAUCAUAAAGAAAAAAAGUUUAAAAAAUUGUGCCAUUUUGGAAGAAGAUGUAUGGGGAGCCAAAUGUAUUUUUAUUAUUUAGAGUGGUUAUUUGUAUAUAACCAAACCAAUGUUGGUUAUUUACAAAUAACCACAUUACAGUUUCAUUAUUUCUAAAUAACCAAAAUAUAAAAUUGGUUAUUUACAAAUAACCAAAACUGAAAUUUGGUUAUUUAGCAAAUAACCAAAAAUUAAAAAGUGGUUAUUUCUAAAUAACCAAAUGCGAAAUUGGUUAUUUAUUAAAUAACCAAAAUGCGAAGUUGGUUAUUUAUUAAAUAACCAAAAUGCGAAAUUGGUUAUUUAUUAAAUAACCAAAAUGCGAAAUUGGUUAUUUAUUAAAUAACCAAAAUGUGAAAUUGGUUAUUUAUUAAAUAACCAAAAUGCGAAAUGCGAAAUUGGUUAUUUAUUAAACAACCAAAAUGCAAAAUUGGUUAUUUAUUAAAUAACCAAAAUGUGAAAUUGGUUAUUUGUUGAACAACCAAAAUGCAAAAUUGGUUAUUUAUUAAAUAACCAAAAUGUGAAAUUGGUUAUUUGUUGAAUAACCAAAAUGCAAAAUUGGUUAUUUAUUAAAUAACCAAAAUGCAGGCAGAAUGGAAAAUUGGUUAUUUAUAAACAAACUGGACAGUUGGUUAUUUAGUAAAUGAAACAUGGACGAUUAAAAAUCCAAAACAGUGCAAAAAUGGUUAUUUAAUACAGAAAUGGUUAUUUACCUAAUUUGGUCUUAGCAAGUGGCCACGUGGCCCAUUUUCCCGCUCAUUUCCCAUAACGUCUUGCAGACUUCUAUUUCCAACAUGGCUUCUUCCACUUCCUUCACUUUCCUCUUUUCUCUUUCAUUACCUUCUUCCACCCUCAUUUUCCUUUAUUUACUUUCAUUUUCCUCCUCCUUCAUUCGCUUUCAUGAAUCUUCAUUCACCUUCAUUUAUUUUAAUUCACCUUCAUUCUAAUUCAUUUACCUUCAUUCACACUCAUCCUUCGUCAUUAAUAUUCAUCUACCUACAUAGGCCUUCAAUAACCUUUGCCUCCUUCCACCUUCAUCUACCGUCCUCUUCCUCCAUUAGCCUUCAUCUACCCUCAUUAGCCUUUAUCCACGGUCACCUGCAUUCAUUAGCCUUCUUUUGCCUUCAUACGCCUACAUCUACCACCAUUAGUCUUCAUUUACCGUCAUCUACUCAUGAUACUCCAGAGAUUAUCCAAUGAAAUGUCGUCCCGUCACAUCAUUCAUUUCUGGCCAAUUUGUUCCCUUGUCCUUUAAUCUUCAGACAUAACACAUAUUCAAAAAUAAUUUUGCAUUUUCGUGAAACGUAUCGUAUUUUACACUGUUUUGUCAUACAACAGGGUCUUAACGAGGUAUAUAUUUUCCCGAUUGAUCUCACAUUUUGGCCAUAAAAUUUUGAUACCUCAUCCAAAAUUGUUGCAAAUCCUGAUCCCUGAUCCCGUGAAAAUCUUUUGAUCCCUGGAUUCAAUUCUGUACUUCCUAAAAACUGAAUGAAAUACCAAAUAAAGUGUCUCUCUUUUCGAUUUCUUUUACAAUUUUAUUGGUCAUAUCACUUGCUGACUGAAGAAUUAAGAUUGGCUCCCGUCUGUUCUUUCGAGUUAUCAUGAUGUCUAUCCUAAUUCGUUCCACUUUAGAGCUCCCAUAAUGAUGUAUCUUCUAAUAAACCUUUCGCACGCAAGUAGGGAGGAAAGUUGUAGCGCCGAAGGCGACCCAACCUAGUGGAAUCUGGGGGCAUGCUCCCCCGGAAAAUUUUUAUAUUUUGGGUCUCGGAAAUCCUAUUCCAGCGUUUUCCUCGGGACUUUUUCAGUAAAUUGAUACGCAGGAAAAUGCUACUUUCCUGCUCCUGAGGUCUCUUUGGGCAAAGAUUGGCUUGACAAAUCAUCAAAAGUACCUACAGAAUUCCACAAUAUCAGGAUGAUUAGAGAAUCCUGUCGCAAUAGGCUUUGCGUAGCGGGCAACCAUCUUGGAUGAGCGUCAAAACUACUCACGGACUAUUUUUCUCGCUUCCUCCCAAACCGCCCCCUGCCCCCUGGUUAGUUUUGACACUCAUCCAAGAUGGCAGCCCGUAACGCAAAGUGCUCGAUCUCGACGAUCUUACGGAAAAAUACGGACUGUGAACAGUCUGUAGUGGCAUGUCAGGCAUGUAUCAGAUUUGGAUCGGUUAGUAGCUAACUUCAAAACAGCUCGGAGCCAUUUCUGCAUUUAACCGCGCUAUGCUUUUUUAAGAAGCCAUGUUGGAAGCUGCAAGUCGCAAUGGAAGCUGCAAGUCGUUAUGGGUACUGAGCGAGAAAAUGGGCCACGUGGCCUCUUGCUAAGACCAAAUUAGGUAAAUAACCAUUUUUGCACUGUUUUGGAUUUUUAAUCGUCCAUGUUUUAUUUACUAAAUAACCAACUGUCCAGUUUGUUUAUAAAUAAUCAAUUUUCCAUUCUGCCUGCAUUUUGGUUAUUUAAUAAAUAACCAAUUUGGCAUUUUGGUUAUUUAACAAAUAACCAAUUUCACAUUUUGGUUAUUUAAUAAAUAACCAAUUUCGCAUUUUGGUUGUUUAAUAAAUAACCAAUUUCGCAUUUCGCAUUUUGGUUAUUUAAUAAAUAACCAAUUUCGCAUUUUGGUUAUUUAAUAAAUAACCAAUUUCGCAUUUUGGUUAUUUAAUAAAUAACCAACUUCGCAUUUUGGUUAUUUAAUAAAUAACCAAUUUCGCAUUUUGGUUAUUUAAUAAAUAACCAAUUUCGCAUUUUGGUUAUUUAAUAAAUAACCAAUUUCGCAUUUUGGUUAUUUAAUAAAUAACCAAUUUCGCAUUUUGGUUAUUUAAUAAAUAACCAACUUCGCAUUUUGGUUAUUUAAUAAAUAACCAAUUGCGCAUUUGGUUAUUUAGAAAUAACCACAAAUAACCAAAUUUCAGUUUUGGUUAUUUGUAAAUAACCAAUUUUAUAUUUUGGUUAUUUAGAAAUAAUGAAACUGUAAUGUGGUUAUUUGUAAAUAACCAACAUUGGUUUGGUUAUAUACAAAUAACCACUCUAAAUAAUAAAAGUACAUUUGGUGCCCCAUAACAUUGUUCUCUCUUAAAACCUUUUGCAAUGCCUUGCUAAGAUUGCAUGGAGAAUUUGUACACCCUGCCAGGUCAGUUGAAUUAAAUUUUACUAUCCAAAACUGGAGUGUAGGCACACUGGAAAAUUGAGAAAGGGUUUUUUGCAUGUGGGCGUGGUUAAGAACUGUUUUUUUCUUUUUUCGCUGUAGCGCAAUGUUAACUAUUUUAAUAAAAUUAGAUGUUUGCUUAUUCCUGUGAUAGCAUGCCGAGUUCUGUCUAGUGAUACGUGGAGUCAGGUUGGGUCAGUCAACACUGUUAGAUGCAUUGAUGAUGGUAAGACUUUAAGCCUUACUAGAUAGUGACAAACUGAAAUCCAUUCAAAAUCCUAAAUUUGCUAUUGCCUUCUGUAAUCGAUAUUUAAGUUCUAUACAAGAAGAAUCACUUGAAUGGUCACAAUGUACAAUUUUGUUUGUAAAAUUCAAAUCAUGUUUACUUAACAGGUGUCACUAAAUAGCCCUUUGCACUAAUGAUGUCACAAAUUUCUGGUCCCUGGUGUGACUCAGACAUCUUGAAAAUAAUUAAUUUAAACAUGGAGAUAACUUUAGAUGAGUGAUGUUAUCCCUAAUGUAGUGUCAUUACUGUGGGUACAGUUUGUUACGGCAUCCCGCUAAGAAAAUGUACCGAGAGCAGGGCCCGGAGCAGGACAGCAAAGUUGUUCGUAAAAGGGCACAUUUCGGUUACAAAUCAUGCAAUUACAAGGGAUGAUCAAUAUUUUUAGUGCAAAGGCAAUACUUGUUCACUAUUAUAUGGAUAUCAGAGUUCAAAAUAGCAGCUGGCAGUCCGGCACUUUGACCAUACGUGCUGGCGACUUUUCACCCAAGAAAUAGAAAAUGUCAUGCUAAAAUUGAAGUGGUCUCAUAUCAGACAAUAAAGCAGCCAAAAAGCGUUUUAAACGGCUUUUUGGAAAAAUGAGUAGAUAAAGGUUUGGAAAUUUCAAGCGUGUUGCAAAAGUUGAAAAGGAGAAUUCUUGUUCACCGUGAACAUGCAACUAAUUCUUUUACGCGUUUGUUCAAGGGUGAGACAUGCAAGUUUGCGCUAGACAAACUGUUGCGUUACCGCCUUUGUGUUUCUGCAAGUGUAAUCAAGAUUUAGUUUGCACAAAAACCUGUUUAGUGCCGUUUUAGAUUGAGAAGCCUUUUCACUCAUUCAAAUGAAAGUCAGUUUUGUAUUCAUAUUGCUCGACAGAACAGAUUUCCCAUGUUUGUUCUCUGCCAGGGGUUCUCCGCCCUGGUUUGUGAGUGAAGAAAUAAUAAUUUCUAGUAAUGAUACACUAUUGAUGGGACGUGCUCAUUCAUUAUUGACAGCUGAGAAUAAUAAACCCUGACAUAAAAAGUCUACAGAUUCAGGCUAAAAGCUGUGAUUUAUUUUGAAGCUUGGAUAUCAAAAUACUGUAUGAUGUGAAGUAUAUAUGAAAUAAUUCACUUUUGAACUGCGGUUGUAGAUGAAAGUGAAGAAUGAUCAUCGCAGUAAAUUUUCCAGUUAAUUAUUUAUUUUAAGCAAUUGGAAAGAAGAAGCCUGAAAAAAAUCAGGGCUUCAACGGGAUUCGAACCUCACUCCCAAUGUGUGGCUUCAUAGCUCAGCUGGUAGAGCAACGCACCGGUAACGCGGAGGUCACGGGUUCGAAUCCCUUUGAAGCCCUAAUUUUUUCAGGCUUCUUCUUUCCAAUUGCUCAAAUUGGAAAAUUUACUGCGAUGAUCCUUCUUCACUUUCUUAAAAUACUGUAUGGCAGCUACAGUGUACUGGCCGCGCAACCAAACAUGAUUUAUACAAUUUCCUGUUUGUGCUCAUGUUGGUGUGCUUUUAACAGCUUUGAAAUUCUGCCACAGAUCCGAUUUCAGACGCCUAGUUUGAUCAGGUCGCUUUAUUUUCUGAUUUUUAAGAUUGAUUUGAGUUAAUUAGACCAGGUUGUGCUCCCUAUAUCAGUAAUGCCUUAUUGGAAUAAAGCUCAAAAUACAAAUUUAAAACGUUCAUUGCUGGAAGUGCAUGUUGCUCAUACAAAACCCAGUAGAAUGCAAAGAUUGUCUGCGGCACGUGUGUGUUCUUAACUUUCAGAAAACCUACUUCUAGUAAUAGUGCAAAGCGCUAUUCCUUUUGUCAGUGUUGAUGUAUGAAGUAUUGUUGUGACAGUAUUAAUAGUAACUAAUAGUAGCAUUACAAGGGCUAAGCUCAUGUAUUGACAAAGUGAUUUUAUCUUUAUAUAUUUUAGGGGUGUAUCCCUGUUAUUGUCAGUGAUGAUUACGUUUUACCUUUUUCUGAUGUGUUAGAUUGGAAAAGGUCAGUUGCAGUUUAUUUAUUUGCUAUUUUUGAUAGGCAUUUCAUUAUUUUUACCUAUAUAAAUUUUACAAGUGUGUGUUUAAUGAUUAUCUUCUCCAAGUAUGGCAUACUAUAAUUAUUAAAGCAAUAGAGAGCUUUCACUGAAAAAAACUAGAGCAUGAUGUUGAGUGACAACAUCAUGCUCUAGUUUUUUUCAGUGAAAGCUCUCUAUUGCUUUUAUCCGAGACAGUUAUGCAAACCCAAGAUGAAGUCCAGGGAUUGCAUAGUUCUCGAGAAUUCUCCUCACCCUGUGACUGUUUACACAGAUCACACUAUGCACGAACGACAAAAGGGAACUACCUUAAAAAUUUUUAAAGUAACUCCUUAAGUGACAGCUAUUUGGCAGAGAUUAUGGGCCGUUUCAUUCCCAGCAUGGGAAAAUAUUUAUUACAAAGCUGUAAUGCUGUCUCAAAUUCCAGUUUAAAUUUGUUUCACUAUUCAACUAUUUUUAUUUUUCGUCAACAAAGAGAGGCAAAACUCUUUGCUAACGCCUAAGGAUGCUGGAUAAAAUAGAAUUCUUACAAGGCUUGAAGUGUUGUACGCAAAGUUUUGCAUGCAUAGCCAGCUCUUGUUUUUCAGAAGUUUUCAUUACGAAACAGAUUUUCAUUUUUGCAGUGAUUUUUCAAUUUUGAACUGUUGAAGAAAUGGGUAAAUAAAAUAAACAUGUCAAAAAGUUUAAUCAACGCCCGCGUCGCAAGUGGAGGUUGGGUACCCAUGGGCCAGGGGGCUGCAACCGCAAUCACACCCCAAGGCGGAAGAACACCCACAGGCUUACCAACCAGCAAUCCCAACACAAGCCCCAGCCCCCCUCUACGGCACCCAUCACACUGAGGCCAGAAGCCCAGUGGAAGUAAAAUGAACAAACCCCUGAAACAAAGGGAAAAAAAACCGGGACGGAGGGAGACCCUAAACCAAAAAAGCGGAGGGAGGGAGGGCAACCAAAAGAAACGCUACGCUACUACAAUGCCACGCCAUGCUAACAAAGCUUCGAGUACAAUGCACACACAACGUAGGCACAUGGCCUGCGCAUUCGCUGAAGCGACAUACCGCUGGACAGGAAUCUGCCCCCAAGCUCACGAACAAUGGUAAACGCUACAAACGCAAACAGUCACGCAACAGCGCUACAGAUAGCUAAAACGCCACCAAAGAAUGCCAAAACACUAGACACCAUAGCUCCUAGUCGUUAAUUACAUUAAAUAUGAUUUAAUAGUAUUUUAAAAACAUUUUUGUUGCUUAAUUAGUGGACAGCAAGACGUGAUGAUGCCACAACUGUGUUUACAUACUGUCCUGUCAUUCAUACUGUUACUCACCUCUCAGCCAAUCAGAGCAUGAGAUCAAAACACAAAUUAGAUUUUGUAAGCUCUAUAAAUUGAAGUUGAUGUGAUUAUUUUUAUGAGGGUGUUGACAACAAUGCCAUAGUAUAGUACUGACAAUGAGUGUGAAGACUGCUUACACUGUAAGUAUUUUCGAAUACUCGUGAAUGUACUAUUAUUGCUAUUAUAAAAUCACGCCAGGCAAAACAUACCAACAAUCACGUGGGUACAGCUAUUUAUUUUUUAUUUACGUAAUGAACAUAUAAUACGUGCAGUUUAAAUGCAAACUGGUGUACACAGUGCAUCAACUCUAUUAAAUUUAACCUUAGCUUGCAUAUGCUAAGUGUAAAGCUGAAACAGCAGAAAGUAUAUUACGGAGUUCAUUUUACUAAAUAGAUAGGUUAAACGAAAUUUUUAUUGUUUGUAGGGCUGCAGUUCACGUUGCGGAAAAGAAGAUCAAACGCAUCCCAGCCAUUCUAAAGGAAAUCCCAGAAAGACAAGUCACAGACAUGAGACGACAGGUAGGUAAAAUAGUUUAUCGGAAAGAAGUACCAAUUCCAGGGUUGAGGAGAACUUGUAAUUAGAGGAUCAAUGCUUGUGACCCUGCAAUAACAAACGAUGUUAGUAAAUCAUCAUCUCUUGUUUCGUUUCCUUGUUAGCACCUUGUUUGCUGGUGCAAAGCAGCCAUGAUUCUUAAUCUAAACAGCUGUUUUUUCUCUUUCAGGGAAAAUGGUUUUGGGACAGGUAUUUCAGCUCCAUGGGAAAGAUAGCUCUUGCUACCUUAAGAGUUUUAAAUGACAGAGUGUACCAUUACUCUGCUUGGCAGUAUGAAGUAAGCACUACACUAAUUUGUAGGCUUUGCUAUUUUUCUGUUACAUUUAGUAAAUGCACUAAGGAAUGAACAAAUUAAUGUAACUCAAGAGGAAACAGGAGUUUCACAUGCUUUUUCAUUUAGCUUGUUAAAAGUAUACAUAUAACAGCCAAUGCACUACACAUUCUAGACCAGUACAGCAUCAAAUCAGUACCAGGCACUCUCAUUAUUUCAAAGCAGACAUUCUCUUUAAGGCAGAAAUCUAGCCUGGGGCCCAUUUCUCGAACGUCCCAAUAACCUUUCAGGCCCAAAAAGCUGUUUUAUGUUUGCCGUGUUUGUACUCAAGAUCAAAGUUUCAAUAAUUUUGAAAGUGGUACAAUGAAAUUAUCAGUUAACGAAGCAAGAUUGACUGACUUGUGAGCUAGGCACUGUGCUACUAUUCAAAAGGUUUUGAUUUCAAAAUUUGCCUUCAAACUCGAAAAGUUACUGGGCCUUUCAAGAAACAGGCCCCUGAACUGAUAAAAUUCGAAGGGACUGUCCAGUCUCCACACUUGGUGCCCAGGAACCAGUGCCUGGGUACCAGCUCACACCUGAGUACCUGAUAGGUGACUGUGUACAUAAUAACUCCAUUUUACCCUGUCAGAUGUUAUUUUAAAACAUGACCUUAACAAUGAGUAUCUGGGCACCUGGUGUGAACACUGCCCAAAAAGACUCACUACCUUGAGAAUUCCCAGCUGCUUCUCACUGUCCACGUCCCCUCCCAUGGGGAUAUUUUGGAAGAUGUCAUUGGCAGUUGUUAGCAGUAGCCAAGUACCUCAUCUAACCAAAUUAACUUGUCCUCAUCAUCUAAUCAUCUAGCCUGAAUUUCAGACGAUUGAUUCAAGUCGUUUUUACUCCCUCAGUAACGUCUGAAUCGACUGGCCGUUAAUGCCAUUCAGUGUCGUGGUACUCCUUUGCGUUAAUUCAUGCAAAAAGUAAAACACGAUUUUGAACUGGCAAACAAAGAAAUAUCGUCUGGAAAUGUCUACGUGAUACCUAAUUGCUUUACUCUUUUGUAUUGUAAUUCAUGUUUAACGUGUAAACCGUUAACUGUAUGCGGUAGUCUGAACGAAUCUGUUUGUAAUUCAAUAAUCAAAUUCGAUCGCAAUCACGCAAUGAAAUAAGCUUUUAAAAAAAUACACACGCGGAACACUUCAAAAACACAACAAUUUGCUUUAAUUGAAAAGAAGCAAUUUGGUCCUUAACAAAGAAGAAAGAAAACAAGAAAGAAGAGCUACUAGAAUCAUUACACUUGACGGUGGAAAUGUCGAGAAGGUCGAAUUGGCCAUUUCGGAGUUGCGUAGGGAACUGGGGCGAGUUUCAAAUUUAAACUGAUCGAUAAACUGACACCACCAUAUAAGAUUGGUCAUUUGACCAAGUUUGGUGCUCUAAGGUUGAACAGGGAUCAAGUUAUGACUCUUGAAACAUGGUUAAAGAGACAUACAAACCUCUGUAAUUUUGUGACAGCGUCCCUCUAAAGUGCCUAAACCAUAUAAAUUCUUAAUUUUUUUCACAAUUUCAGUGAUAUUCCUAAAAAUGGGCAAACACAGUGAUUUUCGAAUUAGUUCCUUCCAAGUAGUAGAUGCAUGACGAAUUUUACAGGAAAAAAAAACAAAACUGAAAAUUUUUAAAGAGAAUAUAUGGUUUUGGGGGACGCUGUCACAAAAUUAUAGACGUAUAUAUGAUAUAUGAUGGUGUCAGUUUAUUGAUUAGUGGAAAUUUGAAACUCGCCGCAGUUCCCUACGCAACUCUGAAGUGGCUAAUUAAGUUUAUAACUUAAAUCCCAGAAAACUUCGCACCAACAAAGUUACUGCCGAAAUCACAAGGCGGCUCUAAAUGUAAACCGCAAUGAUUCUUCAUUCGUAGUUCAAUUUAACAAAUCAUAAUUUCGAAUACAAGGGCAAUUUUGCUGUUUACGAUAGAGAUUGUCAAAAUUUUUGAGCUCUACGCAAGCAUGCCAGGCAUACGACAAACCGACAAUCAAACCGACAAUCCUGCUAACGUUCCUCAUAAUUAUACAUAAUUAUGCGAAUGUUUGGACAAUCAACCUAUCAAAAUCACUACCCGUUGUUCGGGUGGUGACGUCACUGGACGGCAUUAACGGCCGGUCGAUUCAGACGUUGCGUAGAGGAGAAAACGACUCGAAGUGAUCGUCUGAAAUUCAGGCUACUUAUCAUCUCCUUGUUUUCAGGACUGGAAUGCUCCUUUCUUUAGCUCCAAGGAAACCGCAACAGUGAGUUUAAGAAUCAAUGUUGUCUUAGAAGGUUUUUGCCCAUUUGUAACCAUUUAAACCUGGAUAUAGAAAGUUUCUUACUGGACAGUAACUUGAUGCGAUUUUUGUUGACAGUCUCACCUUGUACCUCCACUGUUUUUUCCUCUGCGUCCUUACAACAGUCAAGGAUUUACUGCUGUUGUUCUGUGUUAUGACCGAGUAGACACCAUGUUUAAGGUCAUCACCAAAAUUGCUGAUACUCCCAGCUUAACAAAGGUACAGUUUAAGACCGCACGCUAACAUGCUUUUUUUUACCCUGUGGAAACCGGUCUCACGCCAUUUCAAACUUUCAUCUCCUGCAUCAACUCAAAUAGCAUACCUUUAAUGACCUACUAAACGCCCGGUACGUCUAUUUAAUUUUUUUAAUCCAAGCUGGGACGUUUAAUGGUUAGGAGGUGUUUAAAAGAGAGGCGAUUAAUGAUCAUAACUGUAACAAGCUCAACAAAACUAAUAUGCUCUCGGCAAAAAUAUCAACAGAGUUUAAAAAUAGCGGAAUAUCCACUCCAUCAAUUGAUGCGUCAAGGCCGGAGUCUAGAGAUCAAUUUCGCUUUUUCAUAUCCCAACAUCGACGUGAGAAUCCUUGCUCAGCAUUAUGGUUUUGCCGUUGUUAGUGUAUCCUUGCUUUGAACUUGGCAGUGAGCAAAAUGAUAUGCGCAAAGCCAAGCAAAAAACUGAAUGAAUUGAAUGAUUUUGCUCCUUUUUGCUAAUUCCUAGUAUCUUCGCGUAAUUCUCUUUAUUUGGAAGUAGGCGUUUAUUAGGUCAUUUACGGUAGUUGUUUGCUAUGGUUUUAAUUCCACGCAAGCCAUGUACAUAAUCCAUAUUUUCUCCCCUUUUGACAAUGCAUUUUUUAUAUAUAAUAAUAUAUAGAUUUAGCCAGGGCUAAAAUAUUUAUAAUGAUAUACCUUAUUAUAGGAAAUUAACGCUCCAUGAAAUUAACGCGAAUCGUUAAAAUUCGCGUUAGUUUAAGUCGCGUUAAUUUUGUUGAGCGUUAAUUUCGGCGACGUUAAUUAAGUGCAGAGUUAAUCUCCGUGCUCUUAAUUUCGAGUAUUUUAACCCCAAUUUUGGAACCUGUCUAGACACUCUUGACACCUAAGAAAAACAUUAACUACAAGCUUUCUUUCUUUCUAUUUACUCUUUACUUUUCAUCUUUCACAAAAGCGAAGGCGAAGGUUUACAGUAUUUCGAGUUCAUCUUCAUCGUUGUCCCUAUCAAAAGUUAUGUUUGAUUUUGGCCAAGAUAAUCGCGUUAAUUUCCUUUCCCUUCCCUACCUCCUCUUUGCGUUAAUUUUCUUUAUUCCAAAGUCGUUUUCCAUUAAAUUCGCGUUAAUUUAAGUCGCGUUAAUUUCCAAUAGCUGGUCCAGCCGCAAUCGCAUGACAUGCAAUCCACCAAAAUGCAAGGAGAUUAUUUUCCGUAAGAAAGGUUUCAGUCAGGACAUCGCGCCAGUUAGUAAUAUACCGCAGUGCGUAGAGUUAUCCAUAUUAGGUGUUACUUUCCAACAAAAUUGUAAAUACAGUAGUCACGUGCGCGCGAAGGUAAUUAAAGCGAACAAGUCAUUAUUCGUAUUAGGAUCUGUACGUAAGGAAGGAAUGUCCCAGGAGGAAGUAGAUCACCUUUUUAACGCAAUAGUUUUACCAAAUUUUUCUUACGCUCUGCCGGUUUAUGGUGCCUCAGAUUCCGACCUUUCUGUAAUACAGAAUUUUUUAGACCGGUGUAUGAAAAGAAAGUUUAUGUCCAAGAUUGUAAACAUCAGGGACUUGCUAGAGAAGGCGGACAAGACACUCUACCAAAAAAGAUCGAAUGACCCCGAAUGUCCGUUCUUCCAGUUUUUACCUAAGGAAAAGAACACGAGGUACAAUCUUAGAAAUACGUCAGUCUCUGUCCCUUGAAUCUACACUGACAGGUUUAAGAACGUUUUUAGUAACAGAAUAAUUUUUAGAUAUGAUAUGUAAAUAGUUUUUUGAGUUUAUAUUGUAAUAAUAAUAAUAAUAAUAUUUAAUACUUAUAUUGCGCUUUUUCUAUAAAAAUACUCAAAAGCGCAUUACAAUAUUAUUAAUAACUAAAUUAAAAACCAGUAAAAUUACCCGGUAAAAUUACAAUAAUAAAUAAAAAUAAAUAAAUAAAUAAAUGAUCUAACUAAAAGCCUUUUUAAAUAAAUAUGUUUUAACAGAGCGUUUAAAAGAGUCGAUUGAUGUUUCCUGUCUUAUUGGCAGAGGAAGACUGUUCCAUAAAAAGGGGGCAGCCAUCGAUAACGCGCGAUCUCCCAAAGUCUUCUUCGUUCUUAGCCGAGGUCUUUCUAAUAAUAUACCAUUAUUGUUACGGCGUAGUUGGUAACGUGAGUCCGGUAAGACAGAGACAAGAUUAUUAAGAUAGCUAGGCGCAACACCGUGAAGAAUCUUAAAUGUAACAAGGAGAAUCUUAAAAUCUACGCGCAAGCGAACUGGUAGCCAGUGGAGUUCUCUUAGCAGAGGAGUAACGUGACAAUACUUAGGCGCGCAGUAAACCAAUCGAGCAUUGGCAUUCAUGACUCUUUGAAGUUUCUUAAUUUGAUACUCAGGAGCACCGUACAAUAAACCAUUACAGUAGUCAAGCCUACUUGUGAUGAACGCGUGAACAAGCCUCUCGGUGGACUCACGAGACAGAUACUUCCUAAUGUGCCGGAUAUUGUACAAAUAAUAAAACGCGCUAGCACAAGUCUUAGUCACAUGAGUCGACAUGUCCAGAUGAGAAUCGAACCAGGUGCCCAAAUUGCGCACUGAAGAGGCAGGCGAUACCUCAGCUUGGCCGAUCUUGAUCUUAUCAACGGACACCUUUGAUAACUGUCGUUCCGUGCCAAUGAUCAAGAACUCAGUUUUAUCGUCAUUUAGCAUUAACUUAUCAUCUCUCAUCCAUGAGCGAACGUCACGAAUACAGUUCGGAUAUGUAAUUUUAUCUUAAGAAAUAAAGAUUAUUAUUAUUAUUAAUUUCAUGGAGCGUUAAUUUCCUAUAAUAAGGCAGUAGAUAAUAUUUAUAGUUCGUUCAAACAAAGUAAAUCGUUUAUUGCUAAGCGGCGAAGGCAACGCCGGAGAACGGUGAAAAACAACAAUACGUCUAAUUAGCAAAAAAACCAAAGUGCACGUGCAGUACACUGUUUUGUACAUUUCUUUGUCGUUGUUUUCCACGACUACAGCGUCAAACUUCCAGAAACUUCUUAGUUACACUUUUAAUGGAGUAAAUGUCGUACGUGUUCUCGUUCACUUUUUUUCACCGCCGCUCAUUUUCACCUUGUAUUUGAUUGUUGGCCGCUCGCAUUUUGUCACCGCCGCUACCAACAAAAAAAAACGUCUCCUUUUUUUAUAUCUCGCUCUAUAUCUCUGUCGCCCUUUUUCUCGUUUAGCUUCGCUGGUCUGCCGCCUUCUUUCUCUUUCUUUAUAUUCCAAAUUUGUGGACAUGACAAUUAAGCUUAAUACUUAAGACAACGCGGAUACAGAAACAAUUUCUGCUUUCCGUUUUCGUCUUUAUUGACUCUUUAGAUGUCUCUACUUUACAGGACGCCGGUGGCUAUGCGAUUUCCUGCCAAAAUAACCUCCAGUUGCAUUUGGGUUGCCACACCUGUUGAUUGAGUUAUUUUACAUUGGUUUGCCUGUGGUGCAGUCGGGCGGGCGGGCAGUCGGGCGGGCCUACGGUCACGUGAUUACCAAACUUUCUCGGAUGGGUAGAUUACAGGGUUUUCCCUCGAAAAUUUUCCUUUCGUAGUCCCUAAGGCUCCUUUAACCCAAGGUUGAGGGUCCCAGAGGGAACAGUGGGAGUCCUAAGGUUAGCAUUGUUUCAAAUUCCAGGAAAUCUUUGAAACAUUUUCGGGUUUCUUGUUAAAAAGAGAAGCAUCACUACAACCGUUCGCAGCCUAAAGUUCCAUCACUGGAAUUGUAUCAGCAGCAUGUUGUUCUUAGUCAUAAGAUACACUUUUUUAUGCUGAACAAUGUGCCUCCUUGUAAUUUCCAGGGUUUGAUUGUCGAUAUUCUUCUUUGCAUUUGGAACUGUCGCUUGAAAGCUUUUUCUAAGCUUGAGGUCUGUGAUACUCAAAAUGUGGUCUUUAGAAUUUUGGUGCCUUUCCAGGGCCAACUUCUGAAGAUUGUUAUAGCUUACGGUUGUGAAAGGGUUUCUUUUACCUGUUGACUUACAGAUAUCGCAACCAUGUAAAUUCUUUCAACCAAACAGGCAGAAAACGCCUCUUUUUCUCAACGGGCUCAUUGGGCUGUGAUUCCAAAUCCGCCAUGUUUUUCCAACUCACUUUCUGUCCCAGAAUGCCUCACAAUAAAACAUUAGUUCCCAAACCUCUUCAAGGAGUGUCAAAUGUGGUUCCCCGAUCGGAACAUAAAAAAGUAAGCUUGAGAACCUUUCAAAGUUAGUAUGGCUCUUUCUAGUUUUAAAACAGGAGUCAGACAAAAAAAGAAGAUUAAAAGGUCUUUAUAUUUCAUUCUCAAAAAAGAAUUUUGCAGAUCUACGCAGUUCUAAACUAAUUAUUAGUAGACUAUCGCUCUAGAACAUGUGCGUCCUAGAGGACCGGUUCUCUUUGGUGUUUUGCGUCCUGUUUUUCUUUUUCGGCUAAACAGCGCGUCCUCUAAAGCGUAUAUGCGCGUAAGGGAAAACCCUGAAUUGAUUACUUCAUUUUCUUACCCAUGGUGCUCCGCUGCGCACGAGAGCUCCGCUAAUAUCCCUCAAACGCUGGGUUGCGGGUUGUAGUCAUUUACUUUUCUGUAAGUAAAGAAGAACUAAUGACAAAAUAUCCUGUUGUCUAUUGGGUAAGAAAAGGUUAAUAUAAUUAUAUAUAAACAUAAAUACUAAGUCUACCAGUUUCCCAAGCAAAAAAUCCACGACACAAUGGCACUAAAGUAUCUUUACCUCUUUUGCAGAUUGUUGUUGUGUGGAACAACGUCAAGAAAGCUCCACCGUCUGGUAACAUAACGAUUAUUUCCUUUUUUUAUUAUGGCAAUGAUAUACCAUCUUUUGAUUGUCGCAACACAAGGCACUCUAGGGGCUGUUUACAUAGAGGUGGGGGACCCCAGGUAGGUGAAAUAACCCGCUUAUGUGUGGUAACCUGCUUGUCCAUAUAAUUAAGCAGUAGAAAACGUUUUCCGUGUUUGCAUAGCCUGAUGUAAACACGAGAGGGGUUGGGGGAAUUCGAGACAGUUAUGCAAACCCGAGACGAAGUGGAGGGUUUGCAUAACUGUCGAGAAUUCUCCCAACGCCUCGAGUGUUUAUAUCAGGCUAUGCAAACGCGGGAAAAAACGUUUUCUAUUGCUUUUAUAAAAUAACUUUCCCGACAAAAAAACGCAAAACUCUUUGUAUGGCACUGAUUAAAAGAGAAAUUCUUACCAGUCGCAAAAUUUUGUCCAAGUCUUGCACGCGUAAUCAGUUCUUGUUUUGCCAAAAGAUGCUUUGCAAAAUACGGAUUUUUCUCGCUUAAAAUGUCAGCUUAAGCGAAGAAAAAUUGACUCACCUUCUUUGUAACAAUUUUACAUGUUUCAGCUGGCGAAGGAAUGGGUAAAUAAAGUAAACUUGUCGAGUUUUGAACUCGAAAACUUUUAAAAUUAGUGCUUGCGUGAUUAGCGCGGGAAAAGCCAAACAACUUGACGCCUCGACCAUGUUUACAUACUCUCAUGCAAACACUCCUCUCGGCCAAUCAGAGCGUGCGUACUAUCUUAGUUAUUAUAUAAUCUUUCAUAUUACUGUGAUCCCGUUUACAUGAUAAGUGGGGUGACCAUAUCAGAGAUAUUACCCCACCUAAGUGGGUUACCUCACCUACCUGGGCUACCCUUUCUCCUUGUGAACUGUCCCUUAGUCGACUUGCUUAUCUUAGCAGCAAGCAGUCGCAUGUUAUUUGUCUAGUAACUUGCACAGAAGAGCUUGCGGCGAUUUUCUUUGUAGCUCAGUCACCUUCACUGCCCCACUGAUUUCACUGAUAUGAUGGUUUUCUUUUCGUUCCUUUUCUUUUUUGCGGGGGUGAGGAAGACUUUGAAAUCUACUUGUGACGAGUGGAAAAAUUGCUAGGUUAUGCAAUUUUAACACUUACUCAACAAGAAGGUAGAAGACCGUAGAAUUGAUUAAAAUUUCGAAGUGACCAUACAGUCGGCUAGUCACAAUUAAUUCUUUUCCAACACUUAGGUUUGCCACGGGUACAUGGUACAUGUCAGUUAGGGACUAGUCACUGUUGUUGAUAUGGAGGGUUGGGUGGAGCAUUUUGUUGGGACAAUGAUCUCCUUUCACAGGAUCUUGACUGAAACACCACACGGGUACCCUUAUGCAAUCACGACCACUAGACUACCCAAGUACAGAAGCUGAAAUACGCUCCGCGGCAAAAAAAUUAAAGAAUGACAAAAGCACAUAUUCGGACGAAAAUUAAUAACAAACGAAAUUAUUAAAGCUAGCUUACCUAUGAUGUUGCCUGUUUGCCUUAAACGUUUUGAAUACUAUUCUCAGUUUAGGGACUGUACCAAACAUUCGUACAACGGUAUUUAUAUAACUCCAAUAUUUAAGUUUGAGUCUGACGCAACAAAUGGCGCGUCGAAUUAUCGCGCAAUUGUCUGGGAAAGCUAUUCUUUUCAAUUUUAAACCAGACUGUUUGAACAUUUCGUCUCUCUGAACACACUUCGUAAAUCUCCAAUCUGAGAUCACAUCCUGACCUUACGAACUCUUGUAGACAAGUACGUCGACUGUCAUCGAAACAAAAUGUACGCUUUUGUUGUUUAUCCAAAAAAGACCGUUGACUCCGUUUGGCGUGAAGGGCUCUUACAUAAAUUACUGCAAAUCAGUAUAGGAGGAUGUUUCUAUAAGUUAAUUCAAAACUUAUAUUCAAACUCCCCAUGCACCUUAAGAAUUGGUAGGAGUAGAACAAGACCCUUUCAUUACUUGAGAGGAGUACGCCAGGAUUGCAUCUUAAGCCCCUUGCUUUUCUAUUUAUACAUUAAUGACUUGCCAUACGCACUUCAAAAUACUUAUCAGAUCCCAUCAUUCUUCCAAAUGGUAUCACAUUAAAUUCUCUUUUGUACGCUGUUGACCUCUGAUUAUUUUAUUCCGAUCUAAAGUGGGUUUGCAAAAAUCAAUUGUUUAAAGGGAACCUCCACUCUUACUACAGAAUAAGUUUAAAUCGAAUAAAAUUAUGUUGAUAAACAAAUUUGUUCGAAAUUUGUCUUAAAAAUAGUGUUUAUAUCAGGAAAAGUGAAUUUUAAAAUCGCUUAUUUUCACUUUCAAAUUUCGCGGGCGCCGCCAUCUUGAAUAAUUGUGACGUGUUACGGUUGCUCUAUUGUUCUGACACAAAGAGCUUUUGUUUAAUAACAAUAGGGCAACCAUUACACGUCACAAUUAUUCAAGAUGGCGACGCCCGCAAAAUUUGAAAACAAAAAUAGGCGAAUCUAGAAGUUAUUUCUUUCAGAUACAAACGCUUUCUUUAAAAAUAUUUUAGAUUGACUUGACUGUAACAGUUAUUUCCUGUGAUUUAAAGUUAUCUUUUUGUUGAAGUGGAGGUUCCCUUUAAAAUGACACGUUGCAUUCUUGAAGCAGUUCUUGGUUGUUAGAUAUCAAUACUAAAAAGGACCAAAAUUAUGAUCUUUUAAGAAACGCGCAAAGAAAACCUCAGACCUAGAACAGACCAUUGAUAUUGUACACGAAUACACAUAUUUAGGAACCAGAAACUCCUCAACUGGUAAUUUUAGUGUCUCUCGAACACUUGAAAGAGGAAGCCCUUCACGCUCUUUUCGGCUUGCGGGAAAACACAGACAUUAGUAGAUUAAUACCUUCUUUGGCUUGUAAAAUAUUCGAUACGAUGGUCACUCCUAUACUAUCCUAUAACUCUGAAAUUUGGGGAGUUUACCAGAAACAAGAUUUUAGAACGUGGGAUAGCUCGCCAAUUGAAAAAUUCAAUUUACACUUCCGGAAGCGAUACUUGGAAUUAAGUAAUAAGGCUUCUAACGCUGCAUGUAGAGGUGAUUUAGGUAUUUUCAUUAAUAAUUGAUAUGAAUGAAAAACUUAUACUACAUUAUGUAAUUUUUUAAGAAUGAUGAGGACUCUAUCGUCAAACAAGUAUUACUUGAAUCCGUAAAUAUUCAUUCUAACGGCAAUACUAGUUUUUAUGGUAAUACUAGUAGUAACCAAGGGCGAGGUAGUGCGGGCGAACAUGUUCGUUUACCUUAAGAGCCAUUAUCUGAGAAAAUCGAGAAUCGCACGACACUCGUCAAAAAAUCGAAUUUUUUUUUAUUUUGCCAAAACAUCCCUUUUAGUGACCUUAUUUCAGGAAAAAUAGUUUUGGGUUCAAACGAUUCAUUUUAAAGGAGAAAUUAGGAAAAGUUUGAAAAAUCGAUUUUAUGCUCGUUUUUCGCACAAAACACGGCAGGAUGCAAUGGCAACUUCGAGAGAAGGGUGAACGCGUAAGAAACAUUCCCUGACAUUGAAACUUCACCGAAUUAUUAUUUUGUUCUUACUCUUGAAAACCUUAAAAGAAAAUUUGAAAAACAAUGUCUUAUAUUUUUAUAAUCGACAAGUGUAAAGAGGUCAUAUUUGUGACGUUAGACGUGCUACAAAAUGAAGGCCAACUUUGACUAUUAAAAAAGGCCUCUGGUAUAUGCCGCUUGAUCAUCCUGACACCAAAGCAAGCGGUGAGAGCAAUUGAAUUGGGAAAUUUAUGCAAAUUAGACGGCUUGCAGACGGUUGUCAAACUAAAAGAAAGGUUUUACAUGAAAGGAUUACUCACCAUUGCUUGUAACACGUUUUCACGGCAAGGAAAGUUAUUUCCAACUUCUGUUGCGUAGUUUUGAGUCACAAAAUAUAUAAUUUUUAGCCAAAAGACAAACGUACGUUUGCUCAGCAACUGCGUCCGAAUCUGGCCGUGAAUCGAAAUUAAGUCACAACACGUCGAAGCAAGAGUUACAAGAGUUUUUACUUCAGUCAGGAGGCAAAAGGAAUAAAAAUUCAUCGCAAACUAAUGACUUCGAUUUUAAAAACCUUUCAUCACUUCAAUCGUUCGUCGGCUGAUAAUAAACAUCGCAUAAGAUCGUAUGACCUUUGGUGUGACCGGAAAUUGGUCACACGCUUUAGUCACGUCAGCAUGCUGUCACGAAAUUUUCGUAGCUGUUGUCAGCAAUUUUAAUACAGUUUUCACAUUUUUUGACAAGAAAUCCUCUCAUCGCAGUAGAAACAUCCAUGCAUAUUUAUUUUUCUUUUAUUUACCUACUAGGCUUUGAAACAGCUUUUUUGCCUUCGAAGUACUAAACAGGAGGGGUACCUCGGAUUCCAAGUGUCGUGAGUGAUCCGUGGAAGCGAAAAUUAAGACCAAAAAAGAACGAAUAUUUUGAAUACUUAAGUAAAGCCACAGCUAAAAAAAAAAAAUUUGUUCAAAAUAUUUUCAAACCAAGAAAAAAACAUACUUCGAUCAUCCCCGUGACUUGGAAUCUGGCCAGAGUACCCCCUCCCCCUCCCCCUCUCCUCCUCCCCUAUGCCGGGUCAAAAUACUAAGUUCCCCCGGCCCAAUGUCCCAUAGUCAAGGGAGUAUACUCUCUUGCUGUAGUAAAGAACUUGCAGAAUAAUACUGCAAUUCUCCGUGGCCAACGGACUCAACGCUAUAGUUCACUUUGGUUUUGCUUGUUGAUUUUUUCGCUAUUUGCUCACGAUCAGGGGCCUAUAACCCCAAUCAGGACUAAAUUAUGAAAGCUGUUAUUACCAGAAAAAAAAACACAAAGAAACAGUCAGUCAGAUAGACAGUACAUAAUUAAAAAGACCUCGACUAAGAUUAAAAAAAAUCAAUACAUGACACUGUCGAAUACGAAAACCCAGAAACCAUUUUGUGGAAAAAAGGUUCGCAUACAGCUAUCAGCUGCUUUUGUCCACAACUCGCCGGUAGAGGUGCGCGGAAACUAGUGAUUGUGAAAUGGCUUCAAACUAUGAUCCUAUACUGUUGGAAUAUUACUUAUCACAGAAAGCUACACCUGAUUUCUUCUAGCAGACCCAAUCCUCUCGGUUCGUGUGGACAAAGUAGCUCACCCCGGCUAUUUGCACCAUGCUACCAUAGUCUCCCUAGAUUCCCAAGCCUCGCAAGCAGACCUUCCUGUCCCACGAACGUUGGGUAGGUUUGUAGGACGAGCCAAAAGAAAGUGAAGGCUAUAGGCUCUCGCGAUGAUGCAAGGAAGGUCGAGUAUUAUAUUCCCCUAUCCUGGUCGCCCAGGGUAAGUCUGCGGAGGAGAGUGACUGAGGGGCUGUAUGUUCGAAAAGUUGACUAACGCCCCCGGGACUAACGCUUUCCCCUGGAUAAAUCUAUAUCCAAUAAGUAACGCAAUUGCUUCUUCUUAUUCGCUUGAUAGUGAUUUCCUGUUGUUCAACGUUUGAACAACAGGGCCCUAAGUAUUGUGUUUCGUCUUGCACUAAAAACCCAUAAACCUUAUAAAUUUCACUAUGGGACUUCAGCACCUCCCUUGAAUGAUCCAUUUCGCUAAACGGGACCUCAAAACAACGAUUCUGUGUAUCCUAAGGGAGUGUAUACUAUACUUUCCUGGCUCUCGUCACUCACAGUGAGGUGAUGGUGGCUUAUACUCUAAUAGACCUAACACAGUCGAACCUCCAUGUGCGACCGCCAAUCCAAAAGACCAAAUUUUCCCAGUCAAAGCCUUACAGUUGGAACCUCCAGUAAACGACCACCUUCUGUAAGUGACUGCGACCACUUUUUGGGCGUCACGGUUAAUUGUUUUCCAUGAGCGACCAGCUGACGCAUUCUCUGCUCUCUAUUUUUGCUGUGUGCACUAUGUUCCUUAGAAAAUAUGAAGACCUUUAGUGACAUCGUGGAACUACACAUAUCCUAACUUAGUAGAUGUAGCCAACAAAGUGAAGAUACUGUUGUGAUUCUAGACUAUUCUAUAUCUCACUCACCUGAAUCUCUCUUUAAAUUGAGCAUGAUUUAAAAGCUGUAUUUGUCAAAAGAGGUAAAAGAUAAUAUUUUGCCAGGAAUUUGUAACACCGCCAUUUAAUAGAAUGUGCCUGGACCUCUUCUCGGAAUAGACCCCAUGUGGUCCGAUUCUUCUAAACGACCACCUCCCGUUAGGGACCACUAAGUCUUUGCAUUUUUGGUGGUCGCUUACUGGAGGUACGACUGUAUUACUUUGACCUAUCGGAGGCUUACCGAUAAUAAAGGGGAUCUAUAAGGGGGCAUGGAUGCGACAAUCACAUGCAAGGUGACUUACUUAAAAUAGUAGACAUCUAACUGACAAUCAAAGUUUGUGCUUAUUAUUGGGGUUAUCUGGUAUUUACUCACCUCCCAAGCUACCCUGGGCGAGCCAACUUUUCCUCCUUUUCCUUACAAAACUUGCUAAGCCAUUUACAUGAGAACAAAAGCUUGGUUCGGAUAGACGCCUUACUACCAGUAGUGGGCGGGGGUUGAGGGCUUCCGGAAGUCAGCCCUCCACUGAGCCGGUAGUGGUGGCCUCACCCUUCUAGCCCGGCUAAUAUUUCUCCACUUUGGCUCGCCCAGCUAGCUGGGACAACACGGUCAAGGCUAGACAAAGACAGCAUGCGCAAGCACUGUUGACUCGGACAAAGUGGUCAGUUUUUUCCUCAUAUAAACGCUCGCAAAAGUUGGCUCGGCGGGAAGGUUGACCUUCUCUCCGGAACAGCUUUUCUCCAUCCAUGGGUUCCAAACAGUCUUUUAGCAGUCACGUUUGAAAUUUAUAGGAAAAGGACGUAGCACUUCAAAAAAUAAUAAUAAUAAAAAAUACACUUUUUUCACAGCCUGUCAAUGCCUAUAAGGUGUCUAUAAAAGAAAUCAAUUGCAGAACAGGAGUCAAUUUCAGUUUUUUGCGCUUUUCACGCUAGCACUGUGAAGCGGACUGGGGGCGCGAGACACGCGCGAUGCAUGGGGAACAAGUUCUGCAGGCUAUAAAAGAAAUUAAAAAAUAAAUAAAUAAAGCAGGCCUGAUUUUAUUGCGAUGAGUCUAUUUUUUGUCGAAAGCAAACGUGAAAAAUCCUAUUAAAAUUCGUGACAGUAUGCUAACGUGACUUAAGCGUGUGACCGAUUUCCGGUCACACGCCAAAGGUCAUACGAUCUUGUGCGAUGUUUAUUAUCAGCCGGCAAACGAUCGAAGUGAUGAAAGGUUUUCAAAAUCGAAGUCAUUAGUUUGCGAUGAAUUUUCAAUCUUUUGGCCUCCUGACUGAAGUAAAAACUCUUGCAACUCUUGCUUCUAAAGGACCGCAGUGACGUGUUGUGACUUCAUUUCGAUUCACGGCCGGAUUCUGGCGCUGUCGCUGAGCAAACGUACGUUUGUCUUUGGACCUUUUGGCUUAAAAUUAUGGAUUUUGUGACUCAAACCGACGCAACAGAAGUUGGAAAUAACUUUCCUUGCCGUAAAAACGUGUUACAAGCAAUGGUGAGUAAUCCUUUCAUGUAAAACCUUUCUUUUAGUUUGACAACCGUCCGCAAGCCGUCUAAUUUGCAUAAAUUUCCCAAUUCAAUUGCUCUCACCGCUUGCUUUGGUGUCAGGAUGGUAUUUGAUUUCCAGAGCUAAAACUUUCAAGUAAGUUAGUACAAAAGCCAAGGUUCCAUUUUAUAUUGAUUUUAUGAUCAAGCGGCAUAUACCAGAGGCCUUUUUUAAUAGUCAAAGUUGGCCUUCAUUUUGUAGCACGUCUAACGUCACAAAUAUGACCUCUUUACACUUGUCGAUUAUAAAAAUAUAAGACAUUGUUUUUCAAAUUUUCUUUUAAGGUUUUCAAGAGUAAGAACAAAAUAAUAAUUCGGUGAAGUUUCAGUGUCAGGGAAUGUUUCUUACGCGUUCACCCUUCUCUCGAAGUUGCCAUUGCAUCCUGCCGUGUUUUGUUCAAAAAACAGGAAUAAAAUCGAUUUUUCAAACUUUUUUUUAAUUUCUCCUUUAAAAUGAAUCGUUUGAACCCAAAACUAUUUUUCCUUAAAUUAGGUCACUAAAAGGGAUGUUUUGGCAAAAUAAAAAAAAAUUCGAUUUUUUGACGAGUGUCUUGCGAUUCUCGAUUUUCUCAGAAAAUGGCUCUUAAAGCGCAAUUGAUGUUGAGAACGGAUUUCAUAAUAGUGUACGUGAAUCAGAGAAAGCCCUUUUAGAUGCAGUGUCAACAAAAGGAAUCACGGCGGAACAUGAACGUCGUUGGAAACUGAAUUGAACAACACAGUAAAAAAGACUGUUAUUAAAUUCAAGGAUUUUAUUUACAGUGGCCUAGAUAAGAAGAGAAGCGAAGAGAGACAGACGGCUAUAUUGGCAGGCAAAGGUACAAUGAAAUAAACAACACUCAACGUGGACUGCAGUAUACAGACAUGUCUCUUAUGUAAACUGUCAAUCAGAGAAAUACGCCUGUCACUUAACUAUAUAUGGGAAAUAAAAAUAAUCCUGAAAUAUUCCCCCUUCUGGAUUUCCAGUUCAUUGAAAUCCGAUGCUAGUUCGAUGAAAGUACUAGAAACAAAAUGAAAGAAAACAAUUCAAUUGUUUUCAAAAACUGGUCAAAGUCUAUGAGAAAGCAUAAAUGACUAGCGUCUCCAGUGUGCUCAUUUAGAGUACUUCAGCAUCCAACGGUGAGAGUGUCGUAAUUGGUCUGCGCUUCACACUUGCCCCGGUUCUCACGUCUACCACUCUGACUUGUCCAUGCUGUCCUAGAUACGCUGCCUCGAUCCGUCCGAUCUUCCAUUUUCGCCUUGGUGCGUAUGGCUCUAUCAACAAGACAACAUCUCCCACUUUGAGAUUCUUGGUUGGUAGAAACUAUUUGUGACGGGAUCCAAGUGUAGGCAAAUAUUCCCGCAUCCGCCGAUUCCAUCUAUUCCAUAGCUUGCGAAUCAACUCCUCCCCUCUUCUCCAUCGUUUGCGAACAGCGGUUGCUGUUGUGUCAACUGUCUCUGGAGCUAGCUCACCAGCCAUUUUGUCCAAUUAAGAAAUGGUUCGGGGUCAACACUAGUUCAUCAUUGACACUGACUGUCGUUGAGGGUCUGGAAUUCAACAAACUCCCGACUCCUGUAAACACUGUUUGUAACUCCUCGUCGUUAACGUUGGUUUGGCCUAAAACUGCGUAAAUUGCUCUCUUGACUGACUUUAUCAUGCUUUCGAAAACCCCAGCAAAGUUCGGUGCCCCUGGUGGGUUGAACACUCUAGUUGUGCCGUCUUGAUUUGUUCUUCUGCUAGUUUAAGUUCCCCUGAAGUCAAAUCGCCACUUACUCUAUCUUUUGUACGUUUUCUGAUAUGUGUAAUAAACCGGUUAAUCCAGCCGGUCACCUGCACCAACGAGAUGCCAAUCUCAAGCCUUCCUUUUGACUGGAUCCUGUACCACUUUGAAAACUUGUUUGGAUCUGGUUGACUCUUCGAUUCACUCCAAGAAGUAUCUGAGUAGUAACUGUGUGCAUUCUUGUUACGAUUCUCCUCCUCCACAUUUCGUCCCUUUUUUCUCUGAUUUAACCUCCUUGUAAGCUUCUUAGGCUUUUCCCAACUUCCUUUCUGCCACUUUUCUUCACCUUUCUGUAGAAACUAGGGUCCAUGCCAACAGCAGUCGUCCUUUAUUAACUCCUGAACUAAGACUCCCCUGGUUCCUUAAUCAGCAGGAUUAAGUUUAGUUGGAAAGUACCUCAACUGAUCUGGACUUGAAUCGUCGUCAACGUCUCCCACCCGACGGGAUACAAACGGUUUUGUAGUUUCGGCUCUGUCCCUGAAUCCAAAAGCCGACAUUUGCGCUGUCCACCCAAAACGUGGCUUUACUCAUGGGAAUACCGAGUGCUCUGCUUAUCUGUAGUGUUAAUCUGAGACCUGUCAAUGUUGCCAUUAAUUCUAACCGUGGAAUACUCAUGGCCUUUAGUGGUGCCAACCUUGACUUUGCUGCAACUAAAUGUGUGCUUACAGUUCGUUCUUCAUAUUGCUGUCGUGCAUAUGUUACGACAGUGUAGGCUUUCUCAGAAGCGUCACUAAAGGUGUGUAUGAUAACAUUGCAACCAUUCUUGCCUUCAUUCAAACACCGUGGGACACGAAUUGCAUCAAGUUAUCCAAGUUCCUCAAACCAUUUCUUCCAGUCCGCUUUAAGUUGGUGCGGCAACUCUUCAUCCCAUCUUAGAGCUUCCAUCCAACCUUCUUGCAUCAGCAUUUUUGCCGGUACCAUGUAAGGCGUCAGGAAUCCAAACGGAUCAUAAAUAGUGGCAGUUUUCUUCAGCACGUUCCGUUUUGUCAAUGGGAAUUUCUCUGGUGGUGGGCUGAAACAAAACGAAAACUUGUCUUCUUGAACAAUCCACACUACCCCCAAACUCUUUCUUCUACAGAUCAACUUCUGCUGCUCGAUCGGUUGCUGGUAUGUCCUCGAUAACUUCAGGUUUCUGAGAUACCCAUUUGCAAAUGUGAAAACCAGCUUUAUUUUCAAGUUCGGUUAACUGGUUUCGCACCUCCUUUGCCAUUUCAACCGAUUCAACUGAAGGCAUAUCCAUAUAACAACUAUUCUUUACUACCUCCGCUGGGAGAGGGUACUCUUCUUUGUGGUCAUCUGCAUGCUUCUGCCUUAUACACUGUGCUCAGAAGGUACAGUAACAACCCCCAAACACAUAUCUUAAGAAUUCGUAAACUUCUGGCUCCUUUUUCUCUGAUGUACAUCUCUCCGCAGAAAUCUGAGCAGUGGUCUGUCUUCCGUGGUUAAAGCAAGCUCAAGGUACAUUUGACUUACGUCGCCUACAAGGGCGACCAGUUCCUUUCGAAAUCUAACGAGGAUACUUAACAUGUCUGUCUGCAGUUUUGGUCCAGGCAAGGCCUCGCUGUUUUAAAUUUUUCUCUGAAAUUCAGCGGAAGCAUCACAGACAAUCCUUGUCUUCGUCGUAGACCUGUCAGGUCGUACAACGGGAAAUUAGGGAAUCAAGGUGGGUGUUGGUUGGACGAAUGUCCUUCUUCUCUAGAUAUGCUUCGAUACCCUUCUGAUAAACCUCAGCUUUAGCUGGGUCCUUUACCAGUUUUCGCUCGGUUGAUUUUAGGCGUUUCUCAGCUAACGGCCUGUUGUUUUGAAGACUGGGCCGGUCAUCCCACCAUGGAACAGCUAGCACACAAUGAUCAUUCUCGAACUUCGUGGACUCGCUCACUUUGCGUCAAGCAACCGAUUCAUCAGGGGUCAUGACCGGUCUAGAAGGCAUAAUACCCAUAGUCUCGAGAUCCCAGAAUCGCUUUAAGGUUGUAUUCAAAUCAUCCUGCUUUUCCGCUAUUGUUGCAUUUCUCCGGUUCUUUCCUUUCUUUAUCCUGCCCACUGCAGUCCACCCUAUGUAAAGGAUAAAGUCGCGCACAGUUGAUGUUACGCGCUCUACUGCUGGGACACUCCUCGCCAAGAUGAUCAUGACCCAAACACCUGUAACAGUCCUAGCUUCUUUGCAGUACCCCCAUUUCUCCUGAAUACUUCUUUUCUUAAAAACAUCGCAAUUCCAGAUGGCAUGACUUUCACCACACACCUUACACGCACCUUUCUUCUUACCAUCAACUUGGUUAGUUCCAUAGGAUCUACUCCUUCUCUCGCCUGACUUCCAAGGGGGUUUUCUUGACUUCAAACCAUGAUUAAGUUCUGUGGCUUUCAUCUGAUAUUCAGCCUUUUGGGCGGUCCAAUCUUUGAGUAUAAUUAGAGACUCAACCUUCUCAUUUUAUCCUUAACCCAUCGAGAAUAUUGAGCUAGUGAGCGGCUAGUAGUUUUAGACUAAAGGUGUAAAGUGUUUCUGCUUCUAAUUCCGCCUCUCUAUUGUUUUUCUGCAAAUUGAUUACAGCCUGCUCCAGCAUGUCUGCAAAUUUUUGCAAUUCUUUGGGCAUUUUGUUCUCCGUCUAAGAGGUUCCAUUUUAAGCAACUCUUUUACAUGGCACUGGAUUUUCCGUCUAUUUCCUCCGUAUUUCCUCACUAAUCUCGCUUUUGCCGCUUCGUAAGCAGCCUCGGAAUAUCUUAAACCUUUAAUCGUUUCUAAGGCUUCGUCUGACAAACAAUAUUGCCUCCAAUCUUCACAAAUGUCAACAUUUUGAACUGAGCAGAAUACAUCCACACAACUCGUGAAUGUUGCUUUCCAGUGCUGAAAUUCGGUUUUGUUCCCACUAAGUGUUGGAAUACGAGUUCUUUCUAGGUUUCCUACCCCACUUUUACCAUGUUUGUUAAACAAGCUGGUGUUAGAAUUAACUUGCAUGUCUGCAAAAAAAAAACUUCUACCUUUUGUUACACGGUACCACCCGGCUUUACCUAGCCUGACGAGAAUACUGAUGAAGAAUCGAAAUGGCACCUUAUACAAAACAAGUAACGAAUAAGAGAAAACUUUAAGAAGCCUCCCCUCCCUUAUUACAAAGGAAAAUCUCUUAAGGACCUAUUAGUGAGCUUAUAGAACGAUGCUCUGACGCUCAUACAACUUUCAAUACUAGUAAGAGCAGGAGUCGUGUGAUGCCCCUCGCUUAUUUAUCGGCAUAUUUUCCCCAGUUCUUCUGCGAAAAACACAAUAUAUGAUUUGUCCCCAGGGCUCGAAAAAUGAAGGUCCUUUUUCCUCUUACACAUUAAUUUUGAAACACAUUUUCACAAAUUUCCAAGAAGGUAACAGGAAGAGUGAACCUCUUACAGCACAUCCGUUCCAGCAUUGAUACUGUCAAUCUCCAACGAACUCAUCAAUCGAUGAUUGUCAAUAUUUACGUAUUGCGGCUAUAAUAGUCCUGGAUAAUCAGAGUCCCGCAAACGCAUGAUCCGCUCCAUUAAGAAACGAAGCCUCGAAAUCAUUUUCCCAGUCAGAAAAACUGCGAUCUUCGAUUUUUAAUAAUUUAAUAAUUUUUUGCAAAGGAAAGAGUACCGUCUUGUAUUUGGCUGCCUUCUAAGAAUGGGCUGCAUGUUUCCCGUUUAGCAAUUUUUUUCAACGAUUUCACCAGAAUGCUUUAAACACUAGAAACAAUGGGAAAGCAGCAAAACUGCCGAAGGUGAGACUGGAUUUUGCGCGCCGUAGUUUUUAUUUUUUAGGUGCCUCGAUAUUUAAUUCACUGCCAUUAAGUUUAAGAAACAUUAAUUCUAAAGUUUUAUUUAGGAAAGCCCUGGACGAUUUUUGCUUGUAACUUUUAUUGUACUCAGUUUAAAUGGUUUUUUGUGUGUUUGCUUUUUAUACAUUUUGGAUAUUCUUUCGUACUUCUUAUUACUUGUAACUUUUUAGGAAAUCAAUGUUCCCUUGUUCCCCAUUAUAACCCAACAGUUGCCUUGUUCCCUAAAAGUUAUUUUAAGAUAUCCCUUGUUCCCUAAAACCCCUGGAAGGCCCUCGUUUAUUCCAUUUCCUCUCGACUUUAUAUCUCAACGCCAGCAACGGUGGCGCAGCCGACUAAUUCAUUCAGCUGUCUUGUUUUCCAGCUUUCAAAUUUUCCACUUACAUUAAAGAGUCCCCAACUGAAUCUUCUUCUUUGUCUAACAUGUUUACACUGGCUUUCCACUCAAAAUUCACAAACAUUUCCUCACAUAAAUUCUUGUCACUUUAUCAAAAAAGAACAAUAAACAACAAACGCUUCCCAACGCGCCACAAACCUGAUCCAAAGAUGACUUGUAACUCGUUUUUCCUCCAAAAUUCCAGAUUCUAUUCCACUUUCUGUUUCAAGAUUCGGCUCGAAGGACCAAAUUAAUGUAUUUCCUUUGGUUCCACUCGUUAUCCGUAAAAAAUCUAUUCAACAAAUGUAAAGGGAAAUCACCACGACUUUAUUUUUCCAACAACCCCCAAAAAAUGUUUUUCACAUCUGGUGACUCUUAUGUUAAACUGUCAAUCACAGAAAUAUGCGCUUCACCUAACUAUACGUGGGGAAUUAAAAUGAUCCUCAACAUAAGUCUUUCUUUAUUUGAUUAUACUAAUAUAUUAAGAAUUGCUGCAAUUUGAUUGGCUUAGAACAGUGGUAUUUAAGCUUAAUUUGAAAUACCCACAUGUGAAAAUUACAAACCUUUUGCGGGCAGUAGUAUAAACAAAUAAUUGCAUGAUUUGUACUUGAUAUUUGGCAUAAAUAGCACUUGUGACAUUUCAAAAUUGUCUCAAAUUUUACUCGCCUAACGGCUCGUGAAAUUAAGUAAAACGAUUUUGAAUUAUCGCUCGAGGUAUUUAUGCCAAAUAUCGCUAUAAAUCAUGCUAUUACCUAUACUAAUAUAAGCGUACGUUUUUGAAAAAUGUCUGCUAAGUUUACUUUUGGUUUUGCAUAAUUCGAUAUUGGAGGCUGUGGUAGAAUUUUUUCUCUGAACUUUCCAAGUUUUUCAUAUCUCGAUAGGCAGUGCAUGCGCAGUGAAAGAAUAAGCCAAUGUUAUAUAAACAUUACUAGAAAUACGUUUAUCGCGCUUAAAAUCCUCGCGAGGCUGUAAUGGGCCAGCAGUAUAAAUAGAGGGGGAAAGGCCAAGGGGAAAAAUGUGAUUAAAAACAAACACAAAAACAAAACGAAAAUAUAUAUAUACAACAAAGAAAAAAAACAGCUUAGUCGAGAGUCGAACCUGGAGUCAUGGACCAUCCGCGCGGAAGGCCGGCUCCCAGACCUUUGUUCCACGCUGCCAAGGAUAACCGGUUAAUCGGGGAAAUUAUUAUAUUUAAACUAUUAUUUGCGUGAAAUUCUGCCAUUAGACGCUGUUUGAAACUAGUAGAGCUGUAUUUACCAUGAAUUCAAAUAUAUAGUUAUUUGAGGAAUGUUAGCCAUAAUUAUUUCUUGUUGUUGUUACCUUUCCGCCCUCCUUUUCCCCGCAAGUUUUUUUGUUAUUGUUGUUUCGUCCGAGCGGGAUAUUAGUGAACUUACGCAACAGGACCGGAGAGGAAAGAAGACGGCAAACCUUGUGUUACAAGCGUGACAAUAAUUGUUUGAAACAACUUUUCGCCAAACUUCACUUUCAUUUAAACAGAUCUUUUUGUAAAGGACCAGAAAACAGUGACAAUCAUGACAAAAUACGCAAGUAAUAGCCUUGUUACGUUUGUCACACACAAGUGUUUUGCCGUCCUCUUCUUGCUGUCGUCCUGUUGCGUAGACUCACGUUGUUGUUCGGAAAAGCUUUUGACUGUGUAUCUCAUGCUGUCCUACUACAUAAGUUGAAUUCUUAUUUUGGAGUUCAAGGUUCUCUUCUAUCAUGGCUGACAGACUACCUAACCGAUCGAACUCACUUCUCGGUACUAAAUGGUCAGCACUCAACCGUGCUUAACGUUACUUGCGGGAUUCCCCAAGGGUCAGUACUGGGCCCAUCGUUGUUCGCCUUGUACACCAAUAACCUACUCGGAGUUACUUCCAGAAUUUUCAGCAGUUAUACCGUUCUCGGACUUGGUCAGUACGGAUAAAACUGAUGAACGGGGAAUAAUAGAUUAAACAUCUUAUAAUGAUUUGUUCUCUUGUCGUUCGUCAAGGAGUAUUGUGUUACCCUCUUUUAGUACAAUUUAGAAAAAAACCUUGAAAAGUUAAAACAGCGAGGAUAAACGCAGAUUUGACUACAUUGUGUACUCAUCCUGAUAUUCUCUUUGUAGCCGCUAAGUGGCCUCAACUGACAAAACCUGUGAAAGUGGUCAGAACUAAGGAAAACAAGUUGAGUAACAGGUAACCGCUUUCAUGCCUUCCAAAUGAUGACAACAUAUAAUUUAACAUGCGCUCGCUUUUAUUUUUGAUCUUUUGUCAUCUUUGUUAACAUUCUUUAUCUCUGUCAGGUUUUACCCUUACAAUGAAGUAGAAACUGAAGCGAUUCUUGCCAUCGAUGAUGACAUUCUGAUGCUAACACCAGAUGAACUGGAAUUUGGUUUCCAGGUAUGCGUACACCGUACGGUAGACCUGUCCUCAAACCACACAUUAAUUCGAAUCAAUCUAUAACUUGUGAUAGGUGAUCAGUUCCGCCUGGAACACACGCAUUACUUUGCUGCUACUUUAGUGUGCAUGGUGAGUCGCCAAGAGUGUUUUUCAUAAACAAGUAAGCGGGUAACAUGAAAAAGGUUCUAGUCUUUUAGUAGGAAUAUAUAAACGUCAUCCAAAUUUCAACAAUCUAUCAUACUCAAGUUUUUUCCGGUAUCCGAUAACAUCAUUGCGGAGUUUUCUCUGCCGUGUCCGGACACUUAAUACUGAAAAGAGAAGUAAUCGUGCCUGUUUUUUUUUUUUUUUUUCAUCUUAAGGCGUGGCGUGAGUUCCCAGAUCGUCUGGUGGGAUUUCCUGGUCGUGUUCACACUAAUCAGAACAGCAGUUCCCAGUUUAAGUACGAAUCAGAGUGGACUAACAACGUAUCCAUGGUACUGACGGGAUGCGCUUUUCAUCAUAAGGUAUCAAAAGUGCUAUGGGAUUCUUAAUUCGUUAUGUUGUCUUGUUUCUGAAAUCUUGUUACACUUGCUUAUCACAAGAGGAAACAACGAGACGUAUCGGAUUUUUUAGCGGGCAGAUAAAUACCAAUUUUGUUUGAAUUGAAAGGUCUUGCUUUAACAACGUAAGUGAAUAUAUUAAGUCCAAUAACAACUCAGUCAAAAUAGUUUGAUGAGGGUAUGUUUUGUGUAGAUUCUCAAAUUAGUCAUCCAUCUUCACCAGCGCGUUCGUUACGAAUUUCGCCAUAAUUAGCCUGCCUCUAUUCUACUAUUACUUUGAUUAGCUUCUUAACUGGAUAGUGCCUCGCGGCGUUGCGGCGUCCGUACACCGCAAAGAACAAUCAGUCAGUCUGGAUAUAUAAGUCAGUUCAUUAACUGGUUGAAUCGCGCAUAAUUACGGCCUUGAAAGCCAGCUGGAUUUUUUUAAUACCUUUAAUAACUAGGCUGUUCAUUUUACCGCGAGGAUAACAUUCAUGACUUUCUUCUACUUCACUCACAGUUCACAUAUAUCAUGAUCUAUCCCAUUUAUUCCAUGCAAUCACAAUAAUUAAAGGUUACUACCGUUGUUUUUCUUAUAGUAUUUCAGUCACCUGUUCACGUACAUGAUGCCUUCAUACAUCAGGGACUGGGUUGAUAAACACAUGAACUGCGAAGACAUUGCUAUGAAUUUCAUGGUCACUAAUUACACUGGAAAGGCACCAAUUAAGGUAAUGAAUAGCGGAAGUGACCAGGGAGACUUUGACGAAAUGUACUGAACCUCCUAUUCGUGGAAAUUGCUAAUGGUGACUUGAAACUACCAUAGCAACAACAAGAUAGCGUUACUUGAAAAAGGGAUUAUCGUUCAUUUGAAUUACCUUAAAUGCGUUACUGAAGCGUCCAAGGACCUGAAAUCUCUUAGAAAUUUUUUGCACUUUAUAGAAGGAAAGAAAAAUAGCCCACGGGUCUUCUCUUCACACACCUGUUUUAUAUGGCGGCUAUCUUAUUUUUCCCGGCGAUGAUGGGGCCAACCACGCACUGAAAUUUCAGCGUAUAUCGCGUUAACAAAUUCAAGUCGUUAAUGCCACCACAUAAACCAAUAUACAUUGCAAAGGACAGGCAAGUGACGACUAUCUUAAUGUCAAACAAGACCGUUAUUUUUUGCUUGUCAUGACUCUAAGUCGCGUCUUGAACUGCACCAUUAAUGCCAGCCUAUAUCUACUACUAUUCCUUCCUUUUUUCUGGGUGAUUCAUAUUGCAAGUAAUAGGUUAUUCCCAGUUAGGUUAGGGAAGAGUUAAGUGUAAGUUGAUUUUUUAUGCAUAUUUUGCGUUGCUUACAUCCACAGGUUACCCCUAGAAAACGCUUUCGCUGUCCGGAGUGUGUGACCGAAUCUUUGUGGGCAGAUCCAAGUCAUUUUGUAGAACGAUCUGAAUGUCUGAAUGAAUUUGUCCGAGCUUAUGGUCAUAUGCCACUUAAGACUGUGGAGUUCCGAGCUGAUCCGCUGUUGUUUGGCGAAAAACUGCCGGACAGGGUUAAAUUAUACAAAGAUAUAGGAAGCAUUUAA